AUGCUGGGAGUGCAGAUCAUCUGUGAGGAGAGCGGAGCACCUUGCCCUGAUCAUCUGACGGCAGACGGCUCCUCCCCGCUCCCUCCAUCUAGUCUCUACGCAAAGCAGCGGUUCGGGCACAACUCUACUCGCGUUUCUGCACACAGGCUGGUCUGCGUGAGCCGGAGACGGAGUCGAGUUCUCCACUUUGAAUUGACACGGACUCGGUUCCUCCUCCCCUCCCCUGGUGUCUGCUUUCAGACGAACCAGUGAUGAGAGAGCAGGAGAGGAGAGACGGACGCUUUUCUUCUGUGUGGACCGGCAGUGCGCAAAAGUGCGCUCUGUGGUUCAGCACCCUCCUCAUCAUCAUCAUCACCAUCACCCUCCGCUCCUGAGAUCAGCCCGAGCCCGUGAGGCGCGUGGAGACCCUCAGCGAACCCCCGCGCGAGGUAACACGAUUCUCUUUGAUUCCACUUUGUCCGUGGGAGAUAGCCUCCAUCUCUCCUGUGUGGAGCUCAUGCUGUUCACACUCGGGCUUUCAUGCGUCUCACAAAGGGAUGUUUCAUGCUUCCAAAAUCACUGCUUAUUCAUUUAUCAAUUAUUGAACCAGGGUACACGCUUGCAGUAAGCGGGAUCUCUGUUACAUUGAAUCCCUCAUUGGUGUGAAAUAAGCGCCUCGUAUCCUCUCAGCAGUUUACGUUUAAAUCCUCUGUAAUAGAGUAUUGAUCAAACUAAUUAAAAUGCUUCAUCUAAUAAAUUAGCUUUAUAAGCUCCCGCGAGGACAAUCCUCUGUAGAUGCUACUCUGUGCCGUUUGAGCUCAGCUUCACAUUUACACUUUUCCCUAAUGAAAAGUUUGGUUAACCGUUUUCAGUUUUUGUGCAUAAAAUAGACUCAAGGUUCAUUGAAAAAGUUGAACUUUGCUGAAGACUAAAAGGUCUCUCAGUGUAUCUUCUAAUGUCAAAGGGCAGACCUGUGCAGCUAGUUGUAACUAACUACCACCCCUUGUUCAAGUUGAACUGUAUCCCUGAUGGAGCAGCAUCACCUCUCCUGUAUCUGCUAUCAGACCUGCUGACUGAAAUUCCAGCAGCUUGGGAUUAACGUCACAGGAUGCAAAUCGCCACAGGCUGUGCAAUUCACCUUUAAUUAUAAGCAUGUGGGUGUUGGCUUAUGUGAGCCUGUGAUCCCUCUAGCUGCAGGAUUUCUCAAAGGUGUAUAAGCAGUGUUCACCUAGAAAAAGAAAAAAAAACUUCUGUGGUUAGGUUUAAAUGACGCUUUCUGUUUUUUCACAGCAGCUUGUUAAUGUGUUCACAGUGCCUGUACAGGUGCCCAUUAGCCUGAGUGCUGCUGUUAAGGUUAGGACCAUGCUGGGCCACACAAAAGUGCAAUUUCAUAAAACUGCAAUAGGGGCUUCGCAAUUAACUUUCCACUAAAGUCUGAAUUUAGAGCAACAACUCCAAUAGUUCUUCCUCACUCAGGGAUCAUAUGCUGUGGUAGAUGCAUUCACACCAGCUUUUUAAAGCUCCUGUGAGGAGUUUUUUGAACGAUUCUGAAAUGGACUGAAAUUCACAAUGAGGCCUCGUUAUUAUAUUAAAAACAAACUAAACCAUUAGUGACAAGAUUGCUGAUUUUUAUAUUAUAAUCUUUAACGCCUGAAACUAGCGUGAGUGUCGUCAGCCAUUUGAUAGAAAGACUGCUGUUGGGUUUCAAAGAGAUUUGUGUCUAAUAUUAGAAAAGCGUCCCAACAGUUACCUCUUCUGUCUUUAUCAAAGCAUUAAACCUUUUCAUUUUCUUAUUUCAUUAAUUUGGUGGUAGAGAAGACAGAAGGCUGUGUGUGUUUAUAGUGAGGAAACCAAGAACAGAUGAGUUUUAUUUGCAUUUAUUUGAGUUUUAAUUUAUCCUACAGUACAUUUACAGUUGAUAUCUUCUGUUCAAUGAGUAAUGACAGCUAAGUCAGCUCAUUUUCAGAUGACCAUGGACUAGCAGUAACUGGAAUUAAGUAAUGAAUCCUGUACAUAAUAUAAACAUUUGAAUCUAAUAAAUAGACAUAAUGAGAAAUCAAACAAACACAAUUUGCCAUUUUUGGCAGGAAAAUAGAUCUACCCACUGAGCAGUUUUUGGUCUAAAAGUGGUCUAAUAGAAGUCUAAAUGUAGCCUAGAUGACUGAUCUAAAAUCAGGUUACCACAGGUCUAAAAAUGAAAGUUUUAUAGACGUCUAAAUUAAGACCAAGUUUAGACUAAAUCUAAAUCAACACUACACUUUAUAUUGCUCAAUGGCUAUCAUGAUUAUUUUUGUUAAGUACUUAGAGAUCAGUUAUGCAACUCACAGUUGCUUUUUUAAAUAAAAAGAAGUUAAAAAGAAGAUGUCUAAAUUCUGUCUAAAAAUAUACUUAAUCUUCAUGGUUGAAAUAAGGUCUAAAAAAAAACUAGACAUCUAAUAGCUGUCUAUUGCUCAGUGGGUAGGUAAAGUUACAAACAGCUAGCUGUAGAGAACAGGAUCAGCAAAGACUGCUUUGGCCAUAGGGGGCGCCACAGAGGAGCUUUAACAUUUAAGGGAAAGUUGAAGCUACUUGUCUCCGUUUAGACUGAGUAGAGCCUACUGGUGCAUAUGGAGGUGGGGGCAAGGGGGGAAUCAGACUGGUGACCCCCCCAUGUCUGAAAAAGACAGCAGAAAUGCUCUCUUGGAUGUGUACAUAAACAUUGUAAAAUGCUCUGAUUGAUGCUCUUUCAGUGUUCAAAAUGUAAACAAAGUGCCCUUAAAGUAGAGCAAAUGUUGAGGUUUUUUGUAGGUUAUAUUCUUUUACAUAUUAUGUAUCAAUAACUUUACAGAACUAAAUCUCCAUGACAAAUUGUCACACAAACAUCUUUCAGAAAGGUGGGAACAAAGAGUUAGAUGCUCAAAAUUUCCUGGGAGAGACUCUUCACACUUCCCUUUUAUUAUUUGUGCCUCAAUAUGUUUCAAUGACCCCUUUCCUGUGAGUAUUAGGGUCUGAAAACUGUUCACAGCUCUGAAACUUGCAGGGUAUUUACUGCCCAGUUGCCAACCCAAAAUUUUUAUCAGCUGCCCUUACUUUUGGCGAGAACCGAGCCUUUCCAACAGCCUUAUGAUUACAUGAUCCCAAGGAGAUACAGAAAACUAAAGAGCUCAGAAAAUGGUCUUCAAAAUGCUAGAGGCAGAUCUCGCAAACAGCUUGAGUAGGCUGCUGGUAGUGCCAGUCGAGUGGAGGAGAAAUAAGACCCGCUCUUUUGAUUUAUAUUGGAUUUAGAAAGGUGUGGUGCAAAACAAGAAUAGAGACAUAGAAACUGUGAGUUAUUACCAAUACGCACUCUUUAUCUGUUGCACUUAUCCAGAUAUUAGACAAUUUCUACAAAGCAUGAAGCAUAAGAAUACAAAUUUAAUCACAGUGCACAAGUAAAAACUGCAGAAAAAAAACAGAUAAAGUAAGUGGAUACCUGUUUAAAGAUAAGACUGAAAAGGUUGUUUCUGCAGAGAGAAAUGAAAGAGUCACAGAAGUGGGACAUAAACCGACAACAAGAGGCUAAAGGUCAUUGUGAAAGAGGGGGUCGCUUUGUUGUUUUUAUACCGGACUAAUCAAUAUGAAUGGGCUGCCCGUUAAUCCUUAUAUAAACUGGGACAAAUCUUCUGUUUGCCUCUAUUUGUUCAUGAAACAAAAGUCGGUGUAAAGGUGAAGCGAGACAGGAGGUGCUGAACCUGAUGGUCUAAGGGAUUUUCCUGACUGUGAGUUUAUGAGUCCAGCUGAAAAGAUGAUGGUAGUCCAGGGAGGCGUCAUGAUGUGGAAAUCCUCUGAAAAAGUCAGUUUCUCAUUGAUGUAUGUCUGGACAGAUGUACCUGUGAACGUUACGGCAUCAUAUCGGGGAAGUUUCCUGCUUGAGGGACAGAAAAAAGGAGGAGGAAACAGGGAGAGAAACUAUUUCUCAUCAAGUUACUAUGAUGUUUUGUUUGAUGAUGCUGGCUUCUAUAGAAGAAAGAAGGGGCAAAAAAGAGAACAACAAAACACAAGAGCAGUUUCUUUCCUCCAGUUUUCUUAAUCAAAAGCAAUAGAAAAUAACAAGAGAAUGGGAUUAAUAUUUGAUGAGGUUGUGUUUGUUGAAUUAAAGGAAAACUAUUAGCCGAGGCACACGGGGAUAUUUGUUUAAAAUGCAAAUUAAUUCCAGAGUUUUUCUUCUUGUUCUUUUUAUUUUUUUUACAGGGUUAGUUGGUGUUGGUUGGCUCUUCCUCUGUAGAUAAAAGAGCUUCUAAGAAAAAAGCCAAAGCUUCUGCAUGUUCUACUCUAGGCAAUCUCCAGGCUCUUUUUCAGUCCAGCCUAAAUUAAGACCUGUUUCCCUCCAGAAAAUAUACUAUAUGGUUUUCUUGUUUGCUUAUAAUUGAAUGUCCAAAAGACAAAAUCUAUUAAUUAAUAAUAAAAAAUAAAAAAAAGCAAUCUCCAUAAUUGAAUUGGUGCAAUUUAGAUGGCACUGUGGUUAACCUACAAAAACUAACAGGCACAGAGAGAGUUGUUCUGAUGUCAUCCUUGUGUUAAUGAUCGCAGUUUAUGUUUCAACAUAAAUAUACCACUACCUGUGAUAAAGUUGAUAGCCAAUCAGAGUUCAGGAUUUUAAGGCAAAGGGAGCAGCUAUCCCCGGACGCGAUUUUUUUUGUAGGAUGAUAGGGGAAAGUCCCGCCUCCUUCGCCUCUGAUUGGCUAGAAAAGCUGGAAACGUCAUCACACGCUCAAGCUAAACACGGGCUGUUGGCUCUGUACAUCAAACAGAACAUUACAGAUCAUUGUCACACUUCUAAAUCCCCUAACCCUUAGCCUUACCCUAACCCUAACCUGACAGUAGAUGACGUUUCACAGCCACAAGGAAUAACCAAUUGGAGCCCAGCACUUCUAGCCAAUCAGAGGUGAAGGAGGGCCCUACCAUCCUUCCAAAAAAAAUGUCACUCUCCUGGCUUAGUGGUGUGUCCUUUCUCACUUCCCAUUGUGUCCUUUUGUCUGUUUUUGUCCAAUCUUUUGACAAUACUGAUCAGCAGGAGGCCGAAAAACCCAACUCAUGUUUCAAGAUGUUUCACUCAAUAAUAUCUUAUGACAACAGCUGAUCAGUGUGAAGAGGAGGAAUGGUUAUGAGGAUUUAAAAAGGAGAGUGCAGGAACCAGAUGCCCAACAUGGCAGUUGAUAGAACAUACACUUGACAUGGGAUUGACCUCAAUCAUUGGAGGGAGGGGAGAGGGAGUAGACCGUCUGUCUGCUAAUAUUCACCACAUACAUGGAGGUGUCAAGAUUGUGCCCUUAUUCAGCAGAGUUUCAUACAGAUGAAAAAAAGGUCAGUAAUUACACUUGCACACCCUGUCAUGUGAUGUGCUUGCCACUGUGUCAUCUAUUGAGCGUGGUUGCUCAUGCACCAGAUGCAGAUGGGGGGGAAUGGAUUUUGGUAUUUAGUGUUAAUAAGACAAAAAUACAAAACAAAAAGGUCAUGCUCAAGCCGCAGAGCCAAAGUCUGAGAUGAGUCUCAAAUCUUUUAGGAGCAAGUCCAAGUCAAAACAUAAGCUACUUUAUUAUUGUUGUAAAAAAAAAUGGCAAUCCAAACCAAAAAUUUGGUAUGACAGUGGGGAUAAGUCUACAUUUUUUGGACUCAACACCCAAAGAAGACUCACAUAAUUGUAUGACUCAGGUCUAAAUCUCAAGCUGGAGUCCUCCCUCUUUGCAGUGACAUGCUGUUAUGUGACAUGCUGGUGUGAUGGUGUAUAAGAAGACGUAUUUGUGCUGGCAGUCAGUGGAGAGCUUCCAUGUUAGUUUAGGAGCUGGUGAGGAUUUACAAGAGAAGGGCAAAGAAAUUAACGACAAAAUUACAAAAUUGAAAACACGUAAUAAUCAACUCUUUUCUUAGAUAGAAGACCAAAGAUGUCACCAGUUUAUGGUGUAUGUAGUUCAGAACCCAGAGUCCCUGUUGUUGCCUUACAGAUGUAUACCUGUUAGUCCUGCACUAUGUGGUUUGUAGUCAACAGCAAUGUCAGUAACACAAGUUUUACUACAUAUAUGGACAUUAGUCUUGUGAAUAUUUUAGAUGUAUAAAACCUUUUUCUUUUUUUUUUUUCAUUAACCAACUCUAUUAGACACUAUCUUUUUUUCCAUUAAGUGUUUUAUAGUUGCAGUUAAAAAAGUUAUUUCCUUAUCGAAGAGUAAGUCAGAUUCGAACUUCAGCUGGGCUUUAAAAAAUACUUCUUUGUUAGAAACACACAGGCCCACUGGUUGUUACCAUAGCGACUGGUUCAGUAGGACCAGGUACCAUAAUUUCCUGUGCACCCUGUUAAAUAGAAGCUGUCAGCUGUCAUGAGCCUGAUGAUUGACUUUGAUGUGAGUUAAUGAUCGUUCUGCUCGUCUCGGAGCUGCGAGACUCGUUCAUUAUGCUGAACUGAACAUGUGUUUGAUUUUAAAAGUGAACUGUUUGACUGAGCAGAUCCUCUAUCCUGCUGGCUCCAUGAUUGUGGAGAUUUUCAUCGAAACGAUUAAGUUACCCGACCACUGUCUAUCAUGUAGCAUUGUAAUGGUAAUGUCAUACAGAGGAUAAUUUUUGUGGGAGCCAGUGGAGUUGGCUGAAUCCUCUGUCUGCCUCCCCUGUGGACUGAUUCCCGAUCAGACUAACAUUUCAUAUCAGCCUUAUGGGGGGAAUAUUAGAGGAUUAGCAACAACUUUAUGCUUAUUCCCUUAUGUAUCUUCCAGGCCUCUAAAUCCUGCGGAAGCCAUUGUUAUUUUAAGUAGCUUGGCAAUUGAGCAUGGAAGCAAGCUCUAAUUCUCCCAAGUGUUUAGUGAUGGGGAGCGGCAGAAAGAGCUUGCGUUACGCAGUUACCUCCCCUGCUAUUCAUUCUCUUUCAUGAUGUGAAAGUGAGCAACAGAGAGAGGGCUGUGAAGCAGCCUGCCAGGACCUCUUCUUCUCUCCAAUCCUUGGUUCAUGCAUAAUAGAUAAGUCACUGUAACUUACAGUACCAGGGCAGAACUAGGCUAAUUCCCAGAUUUGCAUAUUUGUGCCGAAUUCCAUAAUUCAUGAGCGUGCAGCAAGCAGCGAUCCACAGUGGAAAGAGCCACUGUGGUCCAUGUGCUGUAUCUCAGGGCUUGUUACUCACCAUGUGCACCAACAGCAUGGUGAUAAAGCCUGUGGCAAUUUGGCUCGAAACUGUGAAAAUGCGUGUAUGAGAUCAAAGUCUCAUUAAGCAUCCCAAAAAUCAGAGUGAAAAUCUGAGGUCAAAACUUAGUUAACCAAAAGCUCAAUUUGCUAGAAAUUUUAUCAAAGCAUGGCGAUUUACACCUGCCGGGGCUUUACACACAAAGAUGGCACAUCAAGAUUGUACAGCCCUGGACUGUAUAUCUGAGAAGCAGCCCUGCCACCUCUCAGUAUAUUUUAAUUGGUUGCUUGAUUUGGAGUUUCAAAACACAUUGCUUCUAAAAAUCACAGUUAGAAAUAGAAAGCACCUGCUGCAGGAGACGUGAAUAUCCCAUAUGUCAAAUAAGCGCUGAGAGGUGUUAGCUCAUGCUCAAACCUACUAUGGUGCUAAACCCUCCCUUUGAACAACUCUUAGCACAGGCCAUUGAAGCAGACCAACCGUACGUGUGCUCAACUUCCUGAGCCAAAAUGAAAUUAUAACCAUUGCUCGGUGAAAAAAGUUGAAAACUGUUGUGUAUUUCCUGUAAAUGGAUCACAGAUUCAAUAAGAAAAUUUAAAAAACCUAGUGUCCCUGUGACCCAACCAAACCUCUUGUGUUGAAAAAUGAAACCAGUGCCGAAGGGCAAGAACUGCAGUACCGCAAGUGUCCACUUGAGGUUGGUGUCUGAGACCAAGGAAUCCCCAUUAAGCCCAGUGUUAAAGGGAUGGUUAGUCGGGUUUGAGGUGGUAUUGCAUGAGGUACUUUUUAAUAGUAAACACAUUUCUUCAAGGGGAUGAUGGUCGACUUGGCCGAUCAUCACACCGGCCAAGUCAAACGGUGGGCUGUAGCAGCCUCUGCCAUCAGUGGUGUAAAUGAGUGAAUGUGACAUGUAAUGUAAAAGUGCUUUGAGUGGUCAGAAGACUUAUAUAGUCCAUUUACAAUUUAACAUUUACUGCUGUCUCAUAUAUGAACACACUUAUGUUGUUUAAUUUAAAAGUUCUUGAUUCUCUCUGAUGUUUGGAUGAAUUGUUCCAGUGGAUUUACUAUUAAUCCAUGUUUUACUUUAACAUUGAUCUGUGCAUGUUUCCUCCAACUGUGUAUGUGCGUACAGACCUCUGGUGUGCCUGCGGCCAUGCAGGUACUUUUGUAACACACUCUGUGCUUUGGAUUGUUUGAGUGGAGCCCACACGUCUGUGAUCUCUCAUUUCCAGUCAAGAUUUUAAAAACUCAUUUACAAUUUUAAUGUUCAGAUGUAAACUUAUUUCUGAUUCAUGCACUUUUAUGAGUGUUUGUCAUGAACAUAAGAGUCUGUGCGACAGAGUUGGUAGGCUGUGGUGGAUUUGUGUUUCCAGUGGCUUUAAAGAGCAGCAUUGAAGCUGUGUUGUGAGCUGUGUUUGUCAUCAAAAAGCCCCCGCAUCUGAACUCAGCCUUUGGGAAAGCCUCAUUAAAAGCACACAGGAUCUGAUGACAGAAUGAGACAACAGGCUUUUUCCUGCUUCAUUUGCUGCCAUUCUGAGACAAACACGCUGGCGGAGGGAGGGAGGGAGGGACAAAGCGGGGUGAAAGAGGAGACAGCGGAGGGCGCUCAUACCUGAUAGUGAACCAAUUUCAUGCACAACUUUUUCAUCAAGAGGUUCAAGAAAGCUUGACGCCGGCAUCAUGGCUAAGCGUUAUGAAGUAGAUUUAUCAUUCUACUUGAUGACUGGCUGAGUUAUUUAUUCAUUACCUUUGUUCUCUGCCACCUCAGAUGAGUAGACACAUACCAGCCACAUCGCUCGCUAUGUGUGAUACAUCCUAUUUUUUUCCUCUCACACCCAUGUCAUAUUUGUCAGACUGAUGAUAUCUGCUUUUUUGAAAGGAUGGUGACCCCAUCGUUGGGUGAUAUUUGUUUUGAUUCAGAAGCUGCCGCUCUGCCAUAUGGAUCAGUUUAUCUUAUGUGGGAGUGUGCGGUUGUGUCUGGCUGCAGAAGGAUAAGUAACAGAGAGUGAUGUAUAACAUUAUCACUUGUUUCUGUUCCUGAAAUAUGUUCCUCGCCUGUGCGCUGGCCUGAGCGCAGAAUAUUUAAAGAACAUUUUAAUAAGAUGAUUUCCCGGGAAGAAAGGUUUUUUUCUCUAUUAGCGUGGAGAUAUUAAGAUUAUCAGGGAUGAGGGGAGACAUCCUUUUGAGACAGAUUUAUGAACAUUUUCCAUUUUGAGAGGAGUCGCAUUACCUGCAGGAUCAAGUGCGUGUCACUCUUUUAGAAAAGAAACUACUUUCGGGGCAGUGUUAAUUCACCUCACCUUUUCCACUCUUUUGUCUGCGCUCUCUUUGCUUUGCACAUCAUCUUAAGUUUUUGUGAAAGGAGAUGAAUACGCAUGAGGAGAAAAUGUCAAGCACUGGUCUCUCCCUUUGGCUUGUGCUCUUUCCACCACCAGAAGCAAUAUUUGACAUUUGUUCUGAAGACAAAGAUCUGGGUUUGUCUAAAUAUAAAAAUGUGAUCUUUAAAGACAUUGAUUUUAGGUUUAUUGCCAGAAUGUCAGACACCUAACAAAGUCGGCACGGAGACAAACUGUGCUUUGAUUUCUAAGAGAGGAGAAUAAAAAUCUUCACAGUGUCCUUCAGAUCCAAAUCUCGGGCCCUCAAAAUGCUCUCAACAGAACGUUUACUGUAGAAAAGUUAUUAAGGAAAGUCCUUUCACAGGUAAAAACACUGAAUACACGCUCAACAAAGACUCCUACAUACAUAGCUGAAGGACAGGCACACUGUAGUCUCCAGAGAAAGCCGUCCGCCCCAUGUUAAUGACUCCUCCGUCAUGCUUAGCAUCAGGGUUCAGCGUUCACACCUUCAGGCUGAACAGGGAGCUGUCCGUGGUGCUGAAUGAGACUGUUCAUCUUGGUUUGCAGAGGAGAAAAAGCCCAGACAAGCACCUCUCUUUUUCCCAUCUGAAAGGAGAAUACUGUUAUCUGAAGCCUGAAAUUGAACUUUGAAAUAUGCUUUUCCUCCGCCUAAGAUUUUCUCUCUUUCAGCUUCAGGCGCAGAGCUAACCCAAAGCCUUGUAUGUAUAUUAAAAGUCUGGGCUAAAAAUAGUCAAAACUACAACAGCAAAUUUAAGAGCAAGGGUCUUAUGCAAUGCAGUAAAGGUGUGAUGAAUUUUAUAAAUAUUAAAUUGGUCACUAGCCUCAUGACUAAGUCAUUGUUUGUCAGAUGAGGUUAAGUUCUCAUUGUUCUUAUUAUUUCAGAUAUAUCAGUAAUGUGUAGCUUCUCUUCUUUAACUCCACUUUUGUAAAGCUGUGGCUCCUACCAGAGUGCAUUGUGGAGGUAAACAGUGGUCGAAUGAUGAGUUUUUUAACGCCGAUGAAAAUUCAUGAGAUAGAAAAAUGCAUCAGGCUGUGUUAUAGAUCUCAGAAAGUGACGCACUCAUGUUAGAGGCAGUUUAAAACUCCAUUAGUGUAUACAUCACAUCACAACAGAAUUGAUAUUAAAGACUUUUUAGUGGCUGUGAAUCACAUGCUGCUGUCAUUAAGGAUGGUAAAGAUGUGUUAUGUUGAAGGGGACAUCACAUUACUCACCGGCAGUGACACUUGCGUUUUGCUUGCAGUGUCUGCAGACAUCAUGUCAUGUUUUUUUAAAAGCUUCAUGAGCGUAGAUAUUGGCUGAUGCAUUAACAGACCAGACCAACAAAUCAACCUGUCAUAAAAAUCAAAUUAAUGUAAAACAAAUCUUUUUAAACCUACUUUUUUGUGCAAACCAACUCUUUCAAAGAUUUAGGGCCUGAUCUACUAGGAUCCAAAAUUGAAUAAAUAGCACGGCAAAUUUAUUUGUAUAGCACAAUUCAUACACAAGGCAAUUCAAAGUGCUUUACAGAUGCAAGAAGAUCAAAAAAGGGAUUAAAAUUAUUUAAAAUCAAUGAGACAAACAGAUCAAUUUUUUCGCCUGUUACGUGUUUGACAAUAUUAAUGAAAAUCGUCAUUUACCAGAAAAAUGAAAUAAAUCAUAAGCUUUUGGACAAGGAUCAUGGCGUGUAUCAUGGCACUUCUGCAUCCUUCUCUCCACAAUGACCGUGCGUAACACUGCUCCAGUUUGCACGAGCCAUUCAAACGUGCUAAACGUAGAAGCAAAACAGCGACCGCUAUCGGUUUCCGGGUUUCAUGAAUCACAUUGCGAGUGCUACAUGAUUCCAUUUGCAUCUGCUCCUCCCAGAAUUUUGCACAUUCUGAUGAUCUACAUACAAUCUGCAUGUUCAUGAAGGCAAACACGCUAAAUUGAUUGCGCUGUGCUGUUUUGCUCAUUUGACAGACACAAUCCUCGGUGCACCCAGUUAGUAGAUCAGGUUUGCGUGCGCUAUCAAGUUUGCACAUGUUUUUGCACAAGCAAACCUUUAGUAGAUCAAGCGCUUAGAGUGAUAAGGUUCUGUAUUGAUUUGUAGCCACCAGAAAUGAUUAACUUUAAAGCUCCUGCUAAAACUUUUGGUCUGUGUUAACUUUGGUGCCCCCUCAGGACAAACCAGUCUUUACUUUCUUUGUCCUGUUUGCUUGUUAUCUGGUUAAAAAAAAUCUCAUUCUGCUGAAUUUUGAAGGUCAGAAGUGCUGUUUUUAGUGAAUGUUGCAUAUGGAAAUUGUAAAAACAGGGCUGUUCUUCCAGCUGCUCCACCGACACCUAUAACUCACUCUGGUUUCAGACAUUAGAUAUUAGACUAUAAAAGCCCUCAAUCUUGUCGCUGGUGGUCUCGUUUGCUUUGGUAUAUCAUAAAAAGGCAUCAGUAUGAGUUUCAGUCUAUUCCAAAGCUCCUCACAGGAGCUUAAAUGUAACAUCAACUAUACUUUGUGAGGGCUCGCAGACCUUUUCCAAAUGAUUUUGUUUUGCCUCCACUGAAAGAAUGUGACAGUGUUUACUGGCACUAAAAGGCUCUAUGGGAUGCUUGCUUGAGCCAUUUGGCCAAACCAACACCCCUGAAAGAACAAGUUUUAAUGGAGAUAAUGUCCCUGAGAUGCAUUUCUGCCUAUUUACUGUGCUUUUCUUGCCCAGAGAAAGCAGCUAACAGUUGCAUGAGGCCGGUUCACAUUGUGACAUGAUGCAACAUUUGUGUUAAGUAAAUUAGAUACCGAUGGUGCGGCACUAAUUUUAGUGGUGCAGCACCUUAAUUGCACUGAAAUAACUAGAGUUUGGUAAGGUGUGCUUGGCUGGAUGUGCUAAACUAACAGAAAUUGGAGACCCUGUGUCAUUAGGCAUGAAGAUAUUCAGUGUAUAAUGACCCUUUAGUUUCAUCCUGUGCUGCAGUAUGAAACCAGUUUACUGCUGCGUGUUUGAGUCCUGUGAUUGUAGGAGAAGGCAUCCCUCAGUUUAACUUCAUUUUAAUGUCUUAUAAUCUCUGAUGUCUGAUUUGUGAUUUAUUUCUAGUCUAUUGCUAUGAUUCCUAGUUGUGUCAGUCUGCUUUUCAUAUUUCAGUCCUCUGCAGCUGUACUCUUAUCAUAUCAGGAUGUUAAAAGCUAAUUAGCGCUGAUGUGUUAAUAAAACCAUGAUACUCAUACUUCAUUUCCUUUUCCUUUUUUAUUUUAUUUUAUUUUUUUAGUUCACUGGGUUUCAUACUUAUUUACUUGUUUUAUCUUGUAAUUAAAUCAUUUGUUGUUUCCACUGAUCUACAGUAUGUAUGCAGCAGAUGUUCAGUCAUUCCUCAUAGAGUGGUUAUUGUUUUACCAGUUGAUAAUUACGAGCAGUGUUAAUUUGGAUUUAAGAGGAUAAUGAGGAAUAUUUUCAUAUUUGCUGGUGAUUUUAAUUUUUUUCAUCAUGGGAGCAAGUGAGCUGGAAAAAAGCCACAGUAUCUUUUGAAAUAGGAUUUAACAAAAUGACAUUUAAUAACACACAGCAGCCUAAUCUGAUUUGGAGGUGAUUUCUAUUUAAAAAAAAGCUUGUUUUCUCCCUCUGUUGUCAGUAAUAUUCAUGAGUUAAAGAGGAUGAUUCAUUUGCAGUGCAUUUUGUUCAAAACUGUGCUGCAGUAUUGAUGCAGCGCUGUAAAUUAACCCACUUACCAGACAUCAUUUCAGCGCCAGGUAAAUAUUUCAUGCAUGCAAAACAUAAUGUUCAAUUUAUGCGCACGUAUUCUAUUAUUGAAUAGUCUUUUGCUGUGGGGGCUUUCCUCACACAUAAACAGACAAACUCACUCCUACAGUCUCUCAAUUCAGAAAACAUCCACAAUAAAGUUUGACAAUGUAUCAAUGUGUUAGUUCUCUGAGGGUAGUUUUACACUUUAUCGUCAUAUUUGUUGAAAAAAGUGAGUGUGAAAAUAACGGUGCCAGUUGUCAGGAUCACCGCGGGCUGUAGCUUAGCCCAGUAAAGAUCACAGAUUUCAGGGCUCACCUCAGAAUAAGUUUUCAUCACACAGCGUCCUCUUUACAUCAUUUCCACCUAAUAAACUGCAGCAGGAUUACAAGUGUGUGCUGUGAUCCGCUCCACAGGUCUGCAGCACAGUAGGGAUUAGGUACGCCUUGAUGUCUGAGUCUGGGGUUCCAAAGGAUAAUUUAUCACCCUCAUUUCAUCACCAUAUGUGCCAGUGCAAAGAGACACUGGCUCUGGCUAUUGUCCAGAUGAUUCUCCAGGGUGAGCUUAGGUUGUUCCAGGUUUUGUGGACGGAUGGAAAAUAAAUAUGCACAAACAAUUUUAUAGACGAUUCAUAAUUAUUCAUGCAAAAUUAGUGAAAUUUGACAAGUGUCAUGUCCUGAAAUGUGGUUGAUUUUAGUUUUCUUCAUUAUUUUAAGGUAAUUUAUUUAGUAUUAUUGGAUUAAAAAUAAAUAAAAAUAAAUAAAUUACCAUAAAUAAAUUACCAUUGCAAUGAUCAAAUCUUGGCUUAUUUUCAGUUCAUUUCCAUUGAACUUUCAACCUAAUUCAGAUCCAGUUCAAUUUGAAAACUGUACUCCUAUAGGGAAAGUUAAAAAAAAAAUCAUUAUAGAAAAUAGGUAUGAACUAUUGACCCAUUAAUAUGGUCACCAAGCCUUCAUCUCCCUCUAUUUUACAAAGUGGAGCCAAAAUAUCUCCUCGAUGUGCGCUAACAUGUUGCGCUGGUGUAGCCAAGGCAGGUGGAGCCCCAGGACUGAUGUUGCCUCUCUUACACUAAUUAAAGGGGGUUAGUGAAGGAGGCUGCAACCAGGAAGGUAGUUUGCAAUUGCAGCAUCCAGGACCUUAGUUUAAAACUUAUUUCCAGUGUUUUCUGUUGCUAUUAUGUAGUUGCCGUGCAUUAUUUCUGCUUCACUUGGUAGUGACUAUCAGUUUCUCCUUCUGUUCCUCCUCUAUUUUGCUAAUUCAGUAAAGAACACUACAGGAGCCUUCAUUAGUCAGAGGAGCUGUCAAUCAUGAUGUCACCGCCUUUUUAUCAUCAAAUAACUAACGAUGAGGACAUUUAAAAAAAAAAAGAAAGAACGCACAAGUUUCAAUGUAUAGUAGCUCAAAGAUGAACACUCAUAGAAAUUGGUAUUUGUCAGACUACAAAACAAUUUACACCAUUUAAUCUGAAUGUUUUCAAGGACCAAGCCCCAAAUGACUGCUGCACUAAAACAGGAUAAAAUGUGAGUUGACCUACAAAACUUUACAUUAGAAGUGGUUUCUGCUUCAGUAUCUGGUGCCAGGCUCUGAGUAUAAGGGUGUGUUGGUCUUCACUUUUCUAAUAGCCAUAAGAGUGUCAGACCAUCAGGAAACCAUCAGAUUUAAGCACAAGAUUUUGUUGAGAUAGUGUCACAGUCUUAUAAUAGGACAAAAUAUUAAACACACCACUAGAGAUUUCCUUAGAGUACGUUCUGGACUCUCAUACUGAGGAUAAAAACGGCACCGUGGAGAUAGGACAGGAGUAAGAAAGAUGUCAGAACAACUUUCUCCGAGUCUCCAGGGACCUUAGUGGAGGUUUAGCGAUAGCCGCCUGGGAUGCUUAGAGCCAAACUCACUGUGCUGUUCAGUGUAGUUUCCCCCGGCUGAUUAGCUAUGCAGCAAUUAGCUGACUCGAUGUUUAUGUUGAUUUCAAAGCUCCAAAGAGUGACACAGUUAAAACUAGCUCCAGAAAAAAAAGAUAGAGCCUGGCAGCCCUCGAACUCCACUUUUCCACUUUUUCUUCACUCUUGUCAGAGCCAUUUCCAUUUGCAACUGCAGUUGAUCUAGACUUUGGCAUGUUGUAAAAGUUUAACAAUCAGUCUGUCAUCUCAAAACACCUUCAGAGAACAUUGUGUUCAUGCGUGUAGAUCAUCUUGUCGAUCAAGUGGCAAUUUCAAACUGUGUUCUUUCAACUUUAAAGCCAGAAUAAAGUAAGAACUGAAGUGUGGCGCAUUUAUCUGCCUCUGGUUUUAUAGACAUUGAACUAAACCUGACAGUGCCGAGCAGAGCCAAACAAACCAGCAGCCUUACUAAUGCAUUUUAUGUAUUAACCACAAAACAUGCAUUAGUGUUUCCAAGAACUUUAAUUUUUACUGUCUACACAACAACAACAACAACUCAAUGAAGCUCUCAAAAAUCUCUACUCUGGAGGGGCUUUCCAAAAACCUCUGUAACCUUUGACCUCAUACUCCAUUUACUCAUGAGUGGGAAGUCAAAGACAGAGAAAUAUCUGAAAUUCUGAUAAAUAUCUACAAACGUUUGGAUGGUGCCUCAUUCAGCCUGUCUCUGUGUCAGCAGUCAGGAAGCUCAGUGGACUUUUGACUCCAGAGGAUUUGGAGAACAUAAAAACAGUGGGCAAAAGAAAACCGUCAAGACUUGAACUGUAGACCAAACAACAAACUCUGCACAGGUCCAGUUAGACACACACCUCUACUUAGCAGCAGAUCCUCUCCUGUCUACUGCCCCUGCCAUUUUUGGUUUCUGAAUGCCUGAACUGUCAACAAGUGGAGUUGUGUCCAUGAUGUAUGUGAGUGAUGACCAGUGAUGAAAGUACAUAUUUUGAUUAUUUUGAAAUCUUAGUCGGACCAUUGUUCCAUUUGGGCACCUGAGGGACUUUAAUAGUUUAGGCUUCACUUGGAUAAUCUACUGUCCCAUCCAUGGUUAGUCUGAGGUUAGAACACUUAAAUAUUUAUUAUAACAUUGAGGCAUUACUUCAUAAAUAAUUAAAAUCAAAUGAUAAAAUAUACAUCAUCUUUUUUGCAGACUGCAUGAUAAAUACCUUAAUACGCUGACCUUUUCCAAUGCCAAUAAUUUCACACUACGUUUUUGGGACUCAGUCCCUGUUUGAACUUGCCUCCUGGAAUACUGUGAGGGUUUGUGAGUUGAAGAGGCGGUUUGAUUAUUUUCUGCUUACCGAAUGUGUAGCUAUGUCUAUACAGUAAUGAUUCCCAGAGCAACAGAUGCAGCUGCAUCAGGCCGUGAUUUAAUGCAAGGAGCUCUCCACAUGGGAAAACUCAUUGCCCAGCAAAUUAAACCAUUACCUCCCCAGUUGGAGUUAAAUAUGGAGAAAUGACUCAUUUAAUGUCUGAUUACUGCCUAAUAUAGUCAGCCAAACAAUGGCGACCACUCAUUCCCACAAGUAAAUUCAGUGUCUUUUCAACAUAAGGGCAGCAAUUGCUUGUCAGGGUCACAGUGGAGUUUUUAUUAAAAGAUGCACGCCAAGAACACAAAAGAAUUCAUCUGCUCGGACUCAUUAUGACACCGCUCUCCGGUCCGAAGAUUCGUCUUCAUUAUCCAGCCAAGCACCAGGCAGAUAACACCGCCUCAUUUGCUUUCCGUGCCUCAUUUUUCCCUGAACGAUAAUGCAGCUCCCCUUUUGUGUGGCUGUUGUGAAGACGAGCAAGCCAUUUUCAAUAUGCACGCAGGAUUACAAAGGUUAAUCAUCAAUUUAAAGCUAAUCUUUGUUAAAUACCAAUAGAGGCAUGGUGUGUGCUCGAGACAGAUAUAAUCAGGCAAACCCCAAAACAAUCCUCCAUCUAAAUGAAGUGAAAGAUGGUUAAUCUAGGCUCUGCAGCGGGCCUUGAUGAGCCAGGAAAGAGGACGGGUUGCAUCACACUUCUCCACUAAUGUUGGGCUGUUUGCUAAGUGUAGUUGUUGAAUCUUUAAGGCGAACUUUGGAAGCUGUUCCACUCGGAUUAAGAGGGCUGCAUACAAAGCGUGUUUAUGCAAUGCUUUAAGAAAUCCUUAGGGGAAAAUGUAAAGAAUCUGUAUUGCCUCAUUAUUGCCAUGGAGUUGAGAUAAUUAUGGAGCUUUAGAAUUACGCAAUCAAGAACAAGAUCCCCCUCCCUCCUCUCUGUCUGCGAAAAAAUGAGUAAUUAAUUUCCCCCUUUUUUCUCUUGUAGCAUGCAGGCGACUAGAAACACAGGAUUCCAGCCAUUAUCUGGUCUGCUCUGGUGAAACAUGUCUGCCAAGUUGGCUAAUUAAAAUGAGAGCUGGUUUGCUUCCAUCCCACCCUGUUCAUAUUUGUCAAAGGUGUCGGUUCCUGAUAUGAGAACACACUCCUGCAUUAGAGGUGUCCUGGGUCUGGAACAGUUUGUCUUUAAAGGCAAAAUAUUCAAGUUUCUUUGGUUUUGACCCUUUUAUAUUUGAAUAAUUGAACAGCAGAGGGUUUUAGACAUGCUGUAUUUUUACUUCCUUAAAUUGAAGUUUUUCUGCAGCAUCAUGCAGCAUUUAGAUGCCAGAAAUUUAAAUCUAAAUGCAAAAACAAAAUACAUUUGUUAACGAAUUUGUAACAUAUCUAUUGAGCAUGAAUAUGAGUUUCCAAAGUUAACUUUUGAGGUUUUUUAAAAUUUAUUUAUUUUAAAGGCCAUGAAAAACAAAACAAAGAACAAACAAACAAACAAACAAACAAAACAAAAAAAAAACCACUUGAGAGAAUCAUACCACCUCAAAAGUUUAGUUUAUCUAGAGGCUACUGCAGUAAUACAGAUAUGAUGGAAAAUAUUGGUUUAAGUCUGGACUAAAGCUCUACCUGUAGAAACAUGUUGUUAUAGUUUCUCCUCAUUAAGUUUCUGAACUAUAAAGUCUUAAAACUGAUAAAAACUGCAAGUUCAAGAAAAAAAUUUAUGAUGUCCAAUUUGGUAUAUAGAUAAUUGACCAUAAUUUUCAACAACAUAAAAAUCUGUAUUUGGGAAUUUGACACAAAAAGUAUAUUGCCUGUUUGUACUUGAUAUAUAAAUAAAUAAAAUAAAAACAAUAGAAUAAAAUAAAAAGUUUUUGUUAGGCCAUCUUUAUUCUGGGAAGAGAUAGGAAAAAUAUAUUUUUUAAAUAUUUAAAAAAAGAAAGAAAAAUUAAAAAGAGAGUUAUUGAUAAAAACAAUAGUGAAUGCAACACAAGUUUAGUACUCUGUUUCUACAUUUCAGUGUUAUCAGAUCAUUAAUCCUGCUGCAUGAUAUCCAUUUAGGACAUGGUUAAGAAAGUUUUUAUUUUUGUAGUGUUCCUCCUGUCUCAAGAAGAUUCAAGAUUAACUAAACUUUAAAGACACUGUUUGCACUUUAGAUCUAGUGGUCGAAAGGAGCGUUUUCAGCUGUUAAUGACCGCAUAAUAAAGGAUUUAUUAAUCCCUCCAAUCUUCACCUUUAAUUGUCAUGUUAUAUAACAUCUAAUUAAAAAGAAUGAGUGGUUCUCAUAUUAACAAGAUUUGGUGAGUGUUUAUGGGGGAGCCUUCAAGCAAUAAUGGAAGUAAGAAAGGUUCAUAAAGUAAUAUUACAGUUAUUCUAAUGUAAAUAACUUUGUAAAACUAUUUAUAUGCUGCAAUUGGUUAUGAAUUCCUUUAAAGUAUGUUCCAAGCUUAUAAAAAAAUCUGUUUAUUUACCUUUUAUUAACCUUUAGUAAGUCUAAUCAAUGUUAAUAAACUGAUGCAGUAACUGCAACUGAUAAACAGGUUUCUAAAAUGAGAGCCUAUAAAUGUCUUAUAAGCAAUAAUGUGACAUAAGAAUUUUUAUGACUUCAUUAGAGUGGCUUACAAACUUUUAAUUAAUGUGUUUUACAAGGAACUUAAUAUUAAGUGUUGCUCAUCUCAGGAAAAUCACCACGAGGUGAUAACUGGCUUACUUUAGCGAGCAAAAAAUACUCCGCUUUUAACUACCCGUAUGACAAGCAGCUGCACUAUAUCUGAGUUUCAAUAGAGAAACCUUAUAUCUAACACUAUUUUAAAUUAUGAAGGCUUAAGUUUGGAGAUCAUCUGGUUUUGGUUUUCAUCACUGUUUUACAGGAGUUAGCAUGCUUAUAAUGGUCAACCAGUAGGUGGCAGUGUAUAGGGUGGACUGUAUAGGACUCACUAAUGUCUGCCAAAGUGGACGAUGUGAAACCGUUCCAACAAAAAAACCCAUGCACUUAGCAGAAAUAGCUCUUGAAUAGUCGUCCACUGUAGCGAUUACAUUGUGUGAAAGGUUUCCAAGUAAAGGAGAUAAGUUAUUCUUGUGAAGUAAUUCCUAUUUCCUGAAAUUGUUGUAUGAUCGUUUCAGGGACAGACAUUGCAUUUUCUUAUUAACCUGCAGCAUCUGAGUCUCCGGGGCAGGGAUUUUCAAUGAUGGGAAAUAGAAUCAGCUCACCUUAAUGGCUCAGGCAGUAAUACUAUUGACAAAGAAGACUCCUUUAAUAAAGAUAAGCCCUGCAGAAAAUCAAUAACCUGAACUAAUUUCCAAAAGGACUCAGACUUGUCUAGACAAACAGGGCUGUCACAGAAAACCAAACAAGCCUCACAAAGCCAGUUUUAAAGCCCAUUUCCCAUUGAUACGUCUUUGAGAACAAACCGAGCCGGUUUUCUCAUCUUUGCAACAAGACAAGCAAGCCAACAAGCAGUCCUGCACACCCUCUCAGAUCCUUUUUAUCCCCCCAUUAGGCCUGUGAUGCUGGGUCCACAAACUUCUCUAAUUAAGAAUUCGUCUUCAGCAAAUUCACCCAUAAAGCCGGCCUGGCUGCAGACUGUGGGGUGAUAAAAGGAGUUAUUGGGCCUGCGACCUCCUUUCCCUCUUAUCUCCCAUAAACACUUCAGUUGGUUUUACAGGGCCAUGGAGGCAGCAGAAAGAGCAAUAAGCCAAAGGGGAACAGUGGGGGACUGAUGACUUAUUCAUGAAGAACGGCAAAACAAGACAGCACGGAUGAAACUGACAGUGAGACGUCCUCACUCUUUAACUUGUUGUGUAGUCCUGAUAAGACUUUCUCUUUACUGGAGAUGAUUCAUCUUUGGCCCGGGCUUCAUUUCAAUAUGCACCACAGUCAUGCUUUAAGGAUGAAUUAUGCAGGUCUAUGAGGCGCUUUGACCCUCGGAAAAUGGAUCUGCCUCCCUACUUUUUAACAUCAUCCUGUUUAAAUCGACCGAAAAUAAAAUGGGUUACAGCCUCCAGUCCAUUCCACCCAUAUGCAAAGACCUUAGCCGUUCAUUAAAUGUUGGUCAAUGAUGUCUUUAUAUUGUCUUAAACAGGUAGGUAUAUAACAACGUUUAGGCUGCAUCUCUAUGACUAUAAGGGAAAGUAUUUGACAUUAUCGUGGUUAAAUGAAUUAGAUAUACUUGCUCAUGGUAGAAAAAUAAGGAUUACACAAAGGUCCCAUGAUCAACAGGGGCCUUAAAAGAAUAUUAUAAUACCAGUGAUUUAUUUUCCAAUGAGUCACUAACUUAUCACAGGGUAUGAAUUUUUCACACAGUGAUUGUGCACACCAUAUUGAAUUCCUGCAAUACAGCGUUUAAAAUGCUGCACAUGUUUAACCUAAAUUUUUUUAACAACCCUGUAUGACACACAGCAACUGUGUUCAGUUGUCUUAAGGACAGACCAGCUGAAGACGCUUCAUCAGCAUGGAUCGCUUUUAUUAAUUCUUGUGUUGACAUCGCCUGCAGCUUUCAAUGUCACAGCACUUCUUACAUCUCACUGCUGCUCGGUUACAGAAGUCGUCCAGCAUUUCUGCUUCUAUUAGUGGUGACUGUUGAGUCUGGUUUGAAAUACUCUGUUUACUUCAUAUUAGCUCUGAUUCAGAGUUUGACUGAUAGUCAUUUGUUAGACGGUGUUUAGUUCAAACAAUGCAGACAGAGGCUGAAGAGGAGGUGGGAAGUCUUUGUUAGCCACCUCCUAAAUACACAGAGUACUGGGAAGGGUGUGUUUGAUAUUUUUAAUCUCAUUCUGGCUAAUUUGCUAGAAAGCCAAUCCAGCUGUUAUUUUCAGCAGGAACUGAUAUUUAUUUGAUUUAUUUCUGAAGCUUACACUAAACAUUGUUAUACAAGGCAAAAAAAUGCAGGUCAGUUCAUGAUACUGAGCGUAAACAUAUGCAGAAAAAGGGUAUACAGAUGUCAUUACACAGUUUAAACUACAGAGGUCUCUGUGCAAAACCACUCUUUAUAAAUAAAUUACUCUUAAUGAUAAUUGUGACUUAGUUUGUAGAUGCGAUAAUCGUGGAAAUAAGGUAUUCCCUGGUAUCUAAAGAAGGAAAACAAGUUUUUACUGUUAGGGUACAGAUUUGCAGUCUUGUAAUUACGUUCCCAUGGAUUUUCAAUCUGUGUGUUCAGAAAUAUCCAACUCUGGAGGGCAUAUUUAAAAGUUACCUGUGAAGUCGGCUAAAAUGCCAUUUCCGUCAUGCUGAAAAAACAAUCUUUGUUAUGUCGAGAUAACAAAAAAAUAAUAACAAUUUGAGAUAACAGUGCAUAAAAAAGAUAAAUCCACAGGCGUUCUCGUCUUCCGUAAAUUCUACAGCAUGGAUGAUUUUUUUUUUAUUCUAAGUACUUGACCUAAAGAGCUAAUGAAGACAUUCAACUAGAGGUACAUUUUAUUUUUUAAAUAAAAUAACCUCAAAAUUCAUCUCAAAAAAAGCCUUUCUGUCUGUGUGCAGGUUUAUUCUGCCAAACACCAACCCACUGGCAGUGAUGAUAGGCAUCAUUACAACGAUACAGAAAAUAGUACAUUUCCUGUAAGUCUGGUUUGCUCUGCAUGUCAUCAAGAAGCUCAGCAUUACUAUCAGUCUCUUUGAUAAUGACAUCCUCCCUAAAAAUGGGAAGAACUUAAAAUUAGAGACAUUUAAGAGGAUAUUUCCUUCAUAGUCAACAAAAACAAAUGUCUCCUUAAAUUCACACUAAAAUAUUUCAAUCCUAGCCUCAUAUUUACAAAAUGUCUUAUUUGUUUUUUUUUCUAUUUAUGACCCAUUUUAUUUAAUUUGUCACAUAUUACACUUUGCUUUCUGGCUUUUAACUCAGAUCCCUUUUGCCUUUGGUUGUUCAUACGAUGAAGGCACGAAAACAAUAAGAGAUGUUACAUGGACCAGCUUUAAGAAGGCAAGAAUAAUGCAAACCAAUUGCUGAUUCAUUUCUAAUACAGGCUUCAAAGGGUUAAAGAUGUAUAGAUUAAUAAGGCACAUUAGCUUUAGCACAGCUCUAGUAAUAGCUGGUGGUUUGAGCAACACAGCAGUGGAGACAAAGCUCUGCACCACCAUAAAAGUCACCGGCUGAAAUGACGUGGUGCUUUAUUCUCUCCAUCCUCUUAACCUGAUUCUGUCACAAAGCCAGGGCUGCACAUGCACAGAUAUUGUCAUUAAGAUGCAGACAGGUCUUUUUCAGAUAUUCGUACAAGCCCAAAUUCUUCCCAUGCCUCUCGCCUUCCAAGAUCUGUUUUCCUUUUCAAGUGCAUGAAAUUCAGUCCAAGUUGGUGAUUGUUUUUCCCUCACACCUCAUCUCAGUUUGUGCAUGCUCCAGUGAUUUAAACUGAUGGCUAAUCCCACCUUGCUAUGCAGGCUGAACACAAGGAGUGCAUGCUAGGACUGCAUUCAGACUGCUUGCUUGUCUAAUGUCUGCCAGAAAAAAAGAAAAAAAAAAGAGAGAAAAACAAGAGGAGAAAGUCUAAAGUAACAGAGAGUGCCAAGCCUUGUGGUUAGUCUUCCUUGAAAACGUCUGUAAACAGAGUGGAAACUCAGCUUGGAGGCAGAUGUAAGGCCCAGCUGGUACCAGAGUUUUCAUUUCCUCUCAGGCAGAGUUGAAGUUUUACUCAGAGGUAAGGCUGACUAGCUGCCCGGUGCUCCAUAAGGCAAUGAUGUGGAGCACUGUAAAGGCAAAUGUUGUAAACAAUGUAAUGAUAGAGUGUCCGACAGCUGCCCGCAGCUCUGAUGGUUUACAACCUGCUCCGUCUCUGCCCAGCCAGACCUCUGACGCUCUGGAUGCCACAGAGGCAGCGACUCCACACGAGGAGGAAGAGCUGCAGAUUGUUAUUAUAGAUAAACACUCCUCUUACGGAUGAGUUAGCUCCGCAAGUAGGAAAUUACAGGGGUGUUGCUCAAAGUUGGGCAAAGAUGCAGCUGAUGUUAUUCGCCUUUGAGGUCACACUGUUAGCAUUUUAGCACAGCGGGGUUAGAUCUGGCAGAUAUUUGAGAUGCGGUCUUAAUGGUUUGACGAGAAAGCUCAUAAGUUGAAGUCACAUUUCUUAUCUUUAAAAGUUUACUUUUGUUGUCGUCAAAGAAGGAUCAUGUUUUAAUCAUUACUUUUUGCCCAAACUGACUGUAGGAGAGGUUUUCUUAUGAGUCAGUAAUGGUACUGAGAGGCAUAGACUGUUUUAAUCGAAAGGUUUGUUCACAGCUGGAUUAUGGUUGAGUUCAUGAGCAGAGAAAGUAUACAAGGAUAAUAACACAAUGAAAAGGAUAGCAUUAGCAAAGUCUGACAGUCACAGACACUUUUCACAGUCAAGCACAGAAAGAUUGAGACAGAGUCAAAGUCAAACCAUCAAAAACCUUUUCUCUCUUUAGACUCGUUUGGUUAUCUGAUCUGAAGUUAUCAAGGUUAUACCAAGUGUCUGAAAAUAUGUGAAAGUGAUCAAGUUUAAACUCCUUAACUUAUUCAGCUAUUUAUGACAAUUAAUGCAUUGCUUAUAUCUGGACUAAUAUCACGGAUUUUGAGGGUCCAACAGCAUGUUAUAACAUUUAAUUCCAAACAUCUCAUGUCACGAAAAACAAAACGUGACAAAAAGCUUCUGUGGGGAAUUUUUUUUUUAUAUUUCCAUAUAAUAGACUUAACCUUAUAUUGUUGCAUAUUUAUGAUAUUACAAAAUAAGACCAUUAGCAACAUUUAUAUCACAAUCCUUAUUGCCUGAAAUCAACAUGAGGGGGUAGGUGUCAGUCAAGCAGCUAAAAAAAAAAAAGCCUUGAUUUUAAAAUUUCCCCAUAAAAUAUUCACAAAGUCAAAAAGACAACCGCUUCAGGAUGCAGAAAACUAGAUGAGCAAUGUCUGCUGUGUCCAAGGGGGGCGCUAAAUCCACAUUAAAAAAUCCCUGAUGAGAGCUGUAAGAGUUUUACUACCAACAUUUGUGAGCUUGUCAACGUCUCUUCUCUGUUAUGAAAACUGAUCACAGGCGUCACCAUUUUCCUUCCCAAAAAUCAACACAGAGGCACAAUCUGUGCCCAGCAGAAAGUCACUUUGAUCAAGCAUUUAUCUUAAAGUUUCACAGAUUUUAUCAGCCUUAUUCAGUCACACACAGAUACAACUGUUACAAUGAUAUGAGGCUUUUAUAAGUAUAUUUCAGGGAACAUAGUCCUCUCAACACUGUCUGCAGCUCAUGUAGCAGAGUGUCACAGCUUGGUAGACGCUCAUCCUUGGUACUGGUUGAACAUUUUCUUUAAUAAAAUAUUUCUUAGUAAUGCAGAUGAAUGAGUACCAAGGCAUAUCCUGAAUAGAAGUGAAAAGACAACACGAAAAAGACAUUUUAAAACUUCCAGAAAAUAAUUGACAAUCAGGAGCUUUCUUGUUAGCAGCACCUAAAUCUCCUAGCAACAUGAUUGGCAAAACUAGACCCCCUCUACAAAGUGUUGAGUCAACCUCAAAGAAACCAAGGUUGUGUUUUUGAUUCAGACUGUGCAGCAUGAAUGUUUUGGGGGCUUGUUUUUAUCAACUAAGUUUUUAUUUUUUUUAUUUUUUAUUUUAUUUUUAAGAAUCUUUUGUGUCCUUCAGUGACAUGAACAAAAGUGUUGAUGCUUUUGUGUAGUCACAGUUAGACUCCUUUAAAGCCCUAAGUAUUGUCAUAACUCAGCCUUCCCUUCGUUAUUCUCAAUUGGGCUGAAAUGCUGCAGCCCGACUUACCUCUGGUCCACAAAAUCCAACCCCAGAACCUUGAUCCAAAACAUGAAAUGUCCUUUUGUCUAUUUGUUUUUUUUAACUGACACUUUUUGGAUUUGCAGUAAAGGUUGCCUUUAAACUUUGAUUUUCUACUGAGCACUGUUUUAAAUAGCCAUUUUGCUUGAGGCAAAUAAUUUGAAAAGUGGUCUCUAGUUGCAACUAUUAAAUAUUUCAGGGCUACAUAUUGGCCAGGUAAUAUCUAAACCCAGCCUGGACCUCUUUUAUCUUUAACUGCUCAUUUUUUUUUAAAAGGCUGACUUGCAGAUUGAGACAACAGAGAAGAGUCUGGGAUGAGAAACUUAAAUUAUAACUUGACUUUUAUCUGCUUUCUUAUAAGAAAAUCUUUUUAAAGAGAGUCAUAAAAAGCCAAAUGUGGAAAGAUGAAACCAAGAAAGUCUCAGGAUUGCAUUUUGUCAAAUGCGUUCCGCCUCAUUAGCUCUCCUCACAGACAGUUUCCUGCAUAAAAUCUUAUCUGGCACAUACAGCAUUUGUCAAUAUUCCUCAAACUUCAAAUAGCUACCAGUCUGCUCCUAACACUAAAAAUCCAGUCCACUGUCCUCACAUUCUGCUCUCCUUUGCAGAAAUCUGAAUAUAGCUAUAAUUUAAUGACAGAAUGUAAACGUAUCUUUAAUCAAACACAGUGGAAGUGUCAGAUACAAACCCCACUCAUUAAAAUAAUGACUCUGCAACUUCCAGACCUCUGCACUGAUAAAUGAGUCAGCCACCUCGACCCACACAGUCCGAUGCCUCUGAUCAUGUUCCAAUCAAUGAGCAGCAUUUGAAGCGACAACUUGAAUUACUUAUGCAGAUGAAGAAGCUCGAUACUGUGAAAGUUCCAGUUCAAGGUUGUCUGCUGCGGCUAAAUGACAUUUGCAGAAAUGUGUUGCUGUCUGUGUCGAUCUGAUCCCCCUUCAUCUCUGAUCUGCAUAUCACAGCUACGCUCCACUGAUUUGUCAUUCACACAUACUGCACGAACAAAUGAAACUAAUCCAGGCUGCAUAUGAGACAUGCCAUGUACACUGGAGGUCAGCUGCACCCUGACUUUAUCAGACUCAAUCACGCCUUUUAUAUCAUCUGUAAAACACAGAGCGGACACUCUUCAGAGUGCUGGCCUUUGUACUUUGAAAAAUAAACAAGCUUGUUUGAAGAGAAUGAGAUUAUUUUAUUUUACGAUAAAGCGAACAGAGUGCAACAAAUCAAAAACAAAACAAAUCUCAAUGAAGGAAUUUUAGUGCCCCCCAAAAAACUCUCCAAAUGUCCAAAACGAUAUCUUAAGUGUUGUAAUUUUAUAGUCUGCCAUCAAAACAAAAGCUCGGAAAAAUGUUGCAUUGAACAUUUUUUUAAUCUGGCGCUUAAAAUAAUAGACCAAGGAUAGAAUAUAAACCAGUGAAUAGUUGCAGGAAUUGUUCCCCAAUUUUGGUCUAUACAUGAGCACCAAAAAAAUAACAGUAGCCCCUUUUACACUGCAUGUUCAUGGCUGCACUGUUAUGCCUCAUCUAUGGUGUAAAAUACACCAAGGUGCAAAGGUGCGGUGAAGUUGUGCCUCAGUUGAGCAGGUUGUGGAAGUAAUAAAAAGAGGUGAGGAAACAGUGGCUGUGUUUACAAGGAGCAUAAUAUCCCAAACCAUAAAUGAUUAAAAGGUCAAACAAAAUAAAAAGGCUCCAUAUAAACAGCUCAACUGGGAUGAACGGGUCUGAGCUGAAUUACAUUUCAUUCGGUCGCAAAAGGGGGUGUUUAAAUCUUUUCAUCAACUGAUCGAUUUAGAAAUUUGUCCUCAUGCAGAGGCUUGGCUUUUGUACUUGGUUAAGAACAGUUCCUCUUCAUCUACAGAAGAAGUCAAACUGGGAAGAAGAGAGGGGUAUGAAGCAGAACAACAUCUCUUCUGUUCUUGUCACACAGCUGUUCUGGCUGAAUUUGUAGGUACAUGUAAAUACAAGACCUGAUAAAAUCUAAGCAGGAAUCUCCAGUCUUGAGUAAUAAAGUCAACGUGGAUGUGCCAAAAACUGCAGUCCUACCAGUUUCAGCAUGAGGCUGGCUUCAGACGCACAUGAAAACCACGUACACACUGUUUUUGGUCUGAUUAGUUCAGAGUUCCCACAGCACCCACAGUGUGGGAGAGUGAGUUUUUUUUUGUUUUUUGUCUUGAAGAUAUCAAGGUUACAAGAUUGGUGAAUCAGAGACAUGGCUGAUUUGGCGGACAAAAAGGCACACUGUAGCUGUUUAAGGAGGAUAAAAGUUAAAAGUUGGGGUUAAUUUCAAAUAUGGCCACCAUUGCUGGUAGGGGACGAUCGUCAUAUUGGAGGACAAAAUAGCACUGUGUGUCCUACAAGUCUGAGUGUGGGUAAGUGCUGUCACAUUUUAUCUGAAAAUAAACCUUCAAUUGACAAUAAAAAAAUCAAUAAAACUGGUAACCAAGAAAUGAAACAUGUAAAUUUAACAAACAAAGACAUUGAAAUACACUUAGAAGUAAACCCUAUGAAUGAAUACUGUAACAAUGCCAUGAUGCCAUAAUGAAAAUGUGAUUCAGCACCCUUUUCUCUGUUUGCUGUCUGAGUCAUCUGACAAAGUCUGACAACAACACAGAUCCCUCUCUGGAUAUUGUUUGGCUUUUGAAAUACACUGAAGCAAACACAGCAGAAUUUAAGGCUGACAUAACAUCCGUGUAGUUGAAGGUAAAGUCUUUGGCAACUUAGUAUAAAAGUAUCACAGAUUUGUGUCAGUAGAAAAGUUGCAGCGACUCGGUGAGUGUGCUGACAUCCCGGGCAGGUCUUUCCAUUGGUGACUUUGAGGAAUGGUUUUGGCUGAGUCUAAACUUGUGAAAAAAACAACAACACAAAUCUCACUUUUACAGUGUACCAUAAAGUCAAUAAUAAAAGUUGCACUAGUAUAUGGGAUGCAGUCUUUUUUGGGAGGUUUCUCAGAGGGAGAAAAACUUUCUCCCUGUGUGAUGUUUUCAUUGCAUUCAGUCAAAUUCACAACAUGCAGUGUCUGUAAUGCUGUGUUGUCCUUUUUUGUAGCAUCUGUUUGACCUUGUGUGAACUGAAACCCUGCAAGCUGCAAAUGAGAUAGAGCAGUCUGAUAAUGAUAGCUGUUAGAUAUAGACCCACCACCUGAGAUCAGUUCACCUGGAGUUAUCCACCUCUGCUGCUCACCUGUUGUUGUGAGUGAAGGAGGCUUUUAUUUCCUUCAAAAUAAACAAUGUUUUCCUUAAACUCAUGAUUAUAUCCCAGUAGGGGGAAAGCGAGAAUGUGUUGCUGUUUUCAGGGCAUGUUUUGCAGUGAAACAGCUACUUGUAUGGAAAAAGGACAUAUUUUCAAUCUUGUUUGGUUUCAUGCAGCAUGUCAAAGCUACUGCACUCGUGGCAUAUACUGGCACAUAUCCUUGACAUUACAUGUAGCACUGAAUGAAAUCUAGAUUCUGUAUAUUUUUGGAGGGAAUUUAGACGUUGCACUUUGACCCAUUAUUCGAUAAGUAUUUAUUUCAGACAGCAACUGUGAGUUGCAAAACUGAUCUUCAAGUAUUCCACCAAAAUAAUAAUGAUAGCCGUUGAGCAAUAUACAAUGUAGUAAAGAUAUAGCUCUGUCAGCCAACUAGUCUAAACUUGGUCAAAAUUUAGACGUCUAAAAAACUUUCAUUUUUAGACCUGUGGUAACCUGAUUUAAGACCAGUGGUCUAGGCUACAUUUAGACAUCUACUAGACCUUCUUUAGACCAGAAAAUGCUCAGUGGGUCAUAUUGAAUUUACCUUGGGGACGAGGAUGCAUCUAAACAUUAAAGAUCCAGUAUUCUUCCUUCAGCCAUGUUCAUUAGAAAAUAUUGUAAGGAAAAACAGACUGUAAGAAUUAUAUGAUUUGGAUGCUGUGAAAUACAGAGGCCCGUUAUCUUGUACAAACUUUGAUUAUUUGACAGAAUUAUUGUUCAGAAACUUAACGCAAGCAGAAAAUGGAAAGGCCAUGUAAGUUUAAAAUCUGUAAACUAGCAAAUUUUGCCCCAAAAGCCAUGAAGUGUAUUAUUAUUAUUAUAAUUAUAAUUAUUAUUAUAAUUAUUAUUAUUAAUAAUAAUAAUAAUAAUAAUAAUGAUAGUUUUAUUUAUUUUUUAUUUUAUUUAUUGGUCUGAAAGUUAGUUGACACAGUAAUUAAAUUAAAACUGUAAACUAUAGCACCAUCUUCUGGGCACAUUAGUGUCAAACUGUUCAUACAUGGUCACCCAGGUAUAAAGUAUGCAGCUUCUGUUUGGGAAGAAAAUUGGUAGUCAAAAUGUGUCUUAUAUGGUUUGGCAAUAUUUUUCAGUUCAAACAGUGUGGCUUUCCUUAUAGAUGACAAAUGAAAGCAUCAGCAUAAGGCCUGGGCUACGUCUUUGUGUUUUGAUGCAAAAUGUAUUAAAGACAGGAUUAGCCGCAGCUUGGGUCUGGAGGAUUGAGCAGAAUUAUAUUAUUGAUCUUUGUAUUAUCUUUUGUAUGCAAUCACCUCCAACGAGCAGGCUGGGCUGUAGGAGGACACUGUAGCUGUGUCUCUGUGACUGUGACUCCAUAGUUUGCUCCCUCUUGUUUGUUUACUGUAUGUGUGUCUGUGACAUCCUACUGCUGCAGCAGGGAGCACCAAAAACCAGCUCUGACACAUCUCACUGUGUAAUACUCUCCCCCCGCCACCCUCUGAUGUGAGCAAACACAGGACAGCCCUGUGGGAAACAGCUUUAAGUUGAAUGAAUUAUUAUCAGAUCUCUAACUGCGGCCUGCUGUUGAAUCACUUCAGCGUUUGGCAGGCGACAGCACAUCACAGAAGGUCCACGCACUGAACCCCCAGUUCUGCAGUGCUGAAUACAUAUUUGAGAUGGCAGAGAAAGCACCCGCGGAUCUGCCUACCAGUAGCAUGCCAGAGUGAGAGAAGUUUGCCAAGUGAUGUAGAGCUGCACACACCAGCUGUAGUUUGGAGAAAUAAACAUGAAAUAUCAAAAUUGACCUCGUGGAAGAAAUCAGCAGGCCCCUAGUGUAUGCACACCGCAGUUAUUAUGUAUUACCUGCUUUGCCCUGGAGUGCAGCUCGAACUGUGCAUAACUCCAGCCUCGACUCAGGUGGGAUUGCUUUCAGUGGGUUACAUAAUGCUGUCUAUGAGCUGCAUGAUUGAUGCCGUUUAAUAAACAAAACUACAAGCGCAUAAAGCUCUCUAAACACGGUGCGUUUUUCUGCGCUUUCCUCAUCAGAGCUCUGAUAACUUUGUCAGCACCCAGCAGGCCUGCUAUAGUUUUCUCAUUAAACUAUUCAUCACAUCGGCCUCAUCAAACAUUAAGAGUAUCCUCACAGUUCAUUACAAGAUGCCCUCCUUUUUAUUUGAUGAAGUAAUUCAUCCAUUAUGUAUGUGUGUUUUGCAGUUUGCAGGAUGCCUGCGAGACUGGAGAACAGCCUCAGCUAUCCAAAGGCUUACAUCCAAGAAGAGAGAAUAAAGUUUGUGCAUUUGUUUUCGAUUAAGUCGGCAUUUCAGAGCAUUCCCUCUGUGAUGAACUGUAGAGCGAUUACUGAACAUGGAAGAGAUCAGACUUAUUGUGAUAACUAGCAGAGGUUUGAUGGGAAAAGCUUGAUAGGAAUUACAGCAGCAUCGAAUUAGUUUUAUCUCGGUGUCGGCGGCACGUACGGGGGGAGAUCUGGACGCUGAGGGAAGCAGAGGUGCUUUAUCAGAAGUGGCAGGCUGAAUGAGGAUCAUCAGGAUACUCUCUGAUUAAAUUCCUUCUCGUAGUCCGUUGUUGUUUCUCAACAACCACUGAACGCUUCCCUGCAUGAGUCAGCUGCCCCGGGAUUGGCUGCUUCCACUCAUUUUAGCGUGAUGACCAAGUCAGCUGGUUUUAUCUGCGAAAUGGCCUCUUGGGAAUUAAGAUGAUACUUGAAAUAAAUCUCCAGGCAUUGACAAAUGUCAGGGCUAAACCAGAGUAAGCUUUGGUCAGGGGGGUUCAGCCGGGCAACAGAGACUUCAUGAGCCGUCUUUGAACGAUAGUGUGCUCAGACUUGAAUUGCAGGAGGUAAUGUCAUGGGAAUAGAGGAUGCUGCACUAUGCAGUAUUGUUUAUCCUGCGAAAUGAGCAGGAAACCCAUCCUGAGUAUCAAAUGGAGGUUUACGAGUACAUCUUGAAAAAGUAACAUUGACUUGUAUCCAGGGUUCAGAGCUGACACUAAUGUAAAUGACAUUAAUUGGUUUAACCCUCCUUGUGUGUUAGUGUCUGCACCGACCUGUUUUUGUUUUUAAAUGCUUAAAAGAAUCGCUUCAUUUAGCUUUUUGCAUCAAGACUUUUUGACUUUGUCAGGAACCUCUAUUUCAACUAAAUUAAAAUUAAAAAAAUGAAAUUGACUAAAUUAUAAAAUGCUCUAGUUAAAAUUAUGGCACUUGUGGUGUUAGGGUCGCUGUUGACCCGGUUAGAUCAAUAUCUAGUAAUUAGAGCAAAACUGAAAUCACAAGUGCACUAUCAGGCACCACACUGACAGUCAGAUCCUCUUCCAAUCAUGUGAGAUUUAGGAAAUUCUCAUUUUGCCGUGUAUUUCCCUGCACAAAAAACAUCAGGCAUGUCCAGACAUGUGAGAUUAAUUCAGUAUAGAUGUCUAUGUGAGGGGUUUACUGACAAAGAAAGACCCAGAGGUCCACUACAAAAAAUAUUACAAGCAAUAUUUUCAUGGAUGAUAAAGACUAACAAGUAAAAAUAGAGAUGAUAAUUUAAUUGGAUGAUAGAGAAUUGUUUUUAGUGUAAUUUACAGCUGAUUUAAGACACGGGUCAAAACUGACCCUUAGCAUAGUGGGUGCGUAGUAAAAGCUGUUAGGAUGAUUCAAUUAUACAAUGAAUCAUGGGAAAUUUAAGGUAAUAUAAGUGUUUAGGGAAAUUAUAAUGCAUCUGUGUUAUUCUUGCAAUAAAAAAUGCUGUGAUGGUUACUUAUUUUUAAAGCAAAUUUUGGUGUUUUGAUUUGUUUGUGUAAUUAGUUUUGUGUACUUUAACUGAACUGAAACAGAUCCAGAUUCAGUCCAUCCAAAAUUAAGGCUGUCUGUGAUGAAAUAGGUAUACAUUUUAUUGAAAUACUGUUGUGUCUGUUGUAAGCUGACUACGCAAAACAAAAAGGCUUCCAUCUUUGUUUCGGUUUGGCGACCAAUCAGAAGCUGUACCUGUAACCUACACACUUGUAAAAGUCCACUGAGAAGCCAGACUCCACAAUCUGCCCACAAUGAAAGAUAGGUGCUUUAUUUACACAAUGAUCAAUUAUUCCGUUUAACUGUGAGGAGUUCAUUUAGCAGAAAGCGUAAGGUUCAUACAAGAUGCAAACAAAACAACUAAAUUGUGUGGAGCAAACAGCAUGCUCCAUCUGAAUGCCGUCUGCACCCAAAUACGAGUCAGCUGAUGGGUCUGUCAACUUGGAGGCUAAGUGUAGUGAUCAAUAGCAACUCAAAUCAAACUGUGACCCUGAGGAUGUAAAUCAAGUCGCAUUGUGAGGUUCUUGAUAACACCUUACCUUACCAUUACCUAUUUUUAUACAUCAGUUGCAUUGUUCCACAACUUAUUGUAGUGCAUAAAUGUGAACUUAUCCAUAACACACACAAACUCUGUUAUAUAGGGCAGCAGCAGCAGCUCCAAAAGCUAGAGUGCACUACUUGUGGUUUUGCAGAUUUUUCGCACUUAACAAAGCAUAUCCAUGCAAUUUAUUUCACUCAUCCACAAAAUGAUCUGUUUCAAAGUUUCAUAGUCCAUUGCACUCCUGAUAUUGUGUAAAAUUGUUCCACUAAUUGUUUGUUGAUGUAUAUCUUAUUGCAGAUUUUGCUUAUGUAGCAUAAACAUACAUUUGUUUAUGAAUCUGCUCAGAGCCGGGUGGCUGUAGUUCUGGUUGAGCACAGAUGGCAGUGGGCAGAGAGAUUGCUAAUUGGAGACUUUGUUGCACACAGAAGCUUCCUGCAGUUAAAAAAAAAAAAAAAAAGAGCUGAAAGAUUUUCUAUAUGGCAAGGGUUUGAGUCGAUGUAUAAGAGACGGCUGUGAAACACAGUAAUCAGGCACAUGUGAAGGGUGAGCCAGCAGAUUACCUCCUGUUGAAGUCUCUAAUGAGUGCUUCUGCUGACAUGGGGGUGUGGAUUAGGUCAUCGUCUUACUCAUGCACUGCAUAUAUCUCAUCAGAGCUGUGGUGCAGAGUCUUAUCAAAACAAGGACAUGGUUUUCAUUUGUUUCAGUUCGGUUCAUGGUUAUUAUAUAAGUCAAGAAUAAGUUUUCUUGUGUCUUUGUUGCAGAGAAAAACACAAAGAUAUUCAGACUGACUGUGUGAAUUGCAGCUGAAAUGUCAGAUUCAAAACCUCCAUAUCAAUGUUGGAUAGCAAGUAUCAGGUCUUUAGUCAUCAGAUCAGACUCAAGGUUGAAAGUCUAGACUGAACUCUCAUCAUCUCUGUCCAAUUUAUAACAAACUAUUUUUACUGUGUAAUUGGAGAGCCUCCUUUCACUACACUAAAUGAACAGAAGUUAAGUUCUUUCUAUUUAACGGAUCUAUAAAGCCAUGUUUACGACGCAUAUAAUCACUUCACUUGCUUGUGUAUUAUUUCUGAAAAGAUUACAAACUUAAUUGAAAUUUUAUUGAACAAAAAGAUGCAUUACAGAUUUCAGGAGUUACUGUUAAAACUUUUUAAGCAUAUUUUAACCAGUUAACGUACUUAAAAUGUGUCCACAGAGCUCGACCUUAGAGAAUUUUUCCUCUGUCCACCUAAGUAGAUGCCAAUGCUGCCUGUUUUUGAUUCAGUUAUUAUGAUCGUCUUAUGCAAUGAUAAAGUUUCCAUUUCAAAGUUAAUGACACAGCAACAAGGAGGUAAACAGUGAUCAAAGAAUAAAAUGGCUCCUUACGUCAAAUACUUUUUUCAUUCAAGAAGCAAAGAGCUCACAAAUAGGAGAACAUUUGUCUGAUGCUGAUAAGGUUUGAUAUUUAUUUUACCAGUUCAUGUGAAAUCAUUUGGUUUUAAUGACUUAGUCACUAUGGGCUCUAUUUUGGUGCUUCGCCGGAGACGUGCCGCAAGCGCAGAGUCAAUCAGAUCCGCCGCGCUGACAAGGCGUUCCCAAGCACAUUUUGGUAUUUUGGUGAGCCGCGCAGCCCGGCGUAAGUAUCCCCCCUCCCUAACUCAGCUCCUCCCGGCAGCAUAAAUCAUAGACGGGGAGGAGAGGGGGUUUAACACAGCCGAGACCUGUUUUCACCAAUCACAUUAGCUCCUCUCCUCGCCUUUAAAUCCGCCACAGGCGAGGCGUAUUACUAUUUUCAUGAAGUAGUCAAAGAGAUCAAGAGAUGUCUGAAGACAGUUAUGCCACACGAUGGCGACAGAGGGCAGCUGCUCAACAAGUGUCCUCCACACUCUCUCAUCUGAGCACAGAUGGAUUUGGUGUGCGUAAUGUUGGACCCACUGGUAAGACAAACACCCUUUUCCACAAAUAAAGACACUCACAUAAAGUUGCAUAUAUUCAAACCUCACGUGACAAAGGUGGGUUGAGCGCACAGAUCACAACAUAAACUCCAAAAAGGCAUUAAAAUCGGAACCAUCUGUGCGUAAAUGACGCAUCGCGCUCCGUGGCCUGGCUCUUUCUUUCAUAGAUGUUGGCAUAUAAAAUAAAUUUGGCUCACAAAACUGAAUAUUAUAAUAUCCGUAUGUCGGCUUAAAGUAGAUCACGCAUCUGAGCACUGAAACAAAUCAUCUGUUCAGCCGCAGCAGCAGCAGGAAGACGGACAGAGGACACGGAGACGUGUCCAGGUCGAGCUGUGCGAGAAAUAAGAGGAAUAAAGAAAAGGAGGGAGACACAUUACAUAUCUUGUUAACUUCAUCAUGUGCGUUUAUUUACUAGAUAUUUAAUUUAAUUUGAUGCAGUUUCAGCUGUAUUGAUUCGGUCAGGUUGUGUGUCCAAACGCGUGCCAAACGCGCUCAUCAGAUCAGAUAUAGAUCAGAAUAUAUCGAUAUAGAUCUAAAUGUAUGUGCUGACUCAGAUUAAUAGUUGUUGAUCAUUAUUUAUUGCACUGAAAUCUGCCUGACACUGUGGAAACCUGCCGGUGAGGCAUCAGUGACGUAUGUCGAUACGCCGCCGGUCUACCAAAAUACUACUGGACCAGCUGCGUUCCGCCUUGCGCUGAAAGCUGACCAGGUUUGAAUCGGCGAGCUUUCAGCGCACGUUACACGCCAGUGGCGAGCACGAAAAUGUCACUGCGCCAGCUGAUUCUGUCAACACCUCCCCCUGCCACGCCACCACGCCCAGCUUGGCGGAUCUCGGCUCGCCUCCGUGCGACUCAGUCCACGAAAAUACCAAACUCGCCUUACACCGGGCUCCGCCAGACGAAAAUACAACUGCGCGGGGCUCGCCGCCCUCCGCCGCCUCACCGGCGCGAACGAAAAUAGAGCCCUAAGUCAGUAAGGGGCGGAUCCAGAAGGGUGGCAAGGGGUGGCAUAACCCACUUCAAACCUAACUAGCCACUCCAGGAGCCACCCUUAAAUGCCAAAAUAGACAAAAAUGUGUCGGUAAGAGAUAAUGUAAAAUUAACUGGUGGUUAUGCAAACUAGAAUUUUGGCAGGAUAAGCAAGUGUCUCAGGGCUUUGUCGCCAGCAUAUCUCAGACUAUAAAUGAUGUGAAUGUCAUAACUCGGUGUAGGGAUCAGUAAUGUAGAGAUGCGCUCGUCAGCUCUGAUGCUGCUGCCUCGAUUGCAGGACAGGAUCUUGUCCUUCCUAUUACAGAUGAUUUGGGUCCAGCUGUUCAGACUAAAAAUGAAACAUGCUGGACUCCUUUCCACAGACUGUUUUUUGAUAUAUAACCAGUGAAGUUGGAAAAGGUAAAUAAACGCUUUUAACUUGAGUGUGUGUACAGACAAUGUGUUUGCCUUCAUUUACUAGACUGUAUACCCAUGAAUUUAGAAAAGUGGUGUAUUUUGGUUAAAGAGUUUUCUGCUCUGUCCACUGUCCUGUCCUCUCAAAGUAAAGUGUUAAUCCUGUCCAGUGCAAAAAAAAAAAAAAAAGAACCAAGUCCUCUGCAAAAAAAAAAAAAAAAGACAGUUCAUGAAACAGAAUGUGAUUAUUGAAGAAAAAGACAGCUGCACACUCCAGGGCUUAUAUGUUUACGGCAAUUUAAUGCAUCAGACUGAUGAGGGGCAGGUCUGUUGGAAACAUCAACAUCCUAGAACAUCAAAUUAUCUGGAGUAGUGAAGCCCUGCAGUAUGUGAGUCGUCUUUUUUAUUUAUACAUUUAUUUUUCCUGUAAAGCAUUAACUCCACUCAGCACCUCUGCUCUUUAGUUUGGAUGUGUGCUUCUUGAUUUCUGUACAUGUUACAGAACUGUAUCACAAUGAAAUUUAUGCUCAAACGCAUAAUUUCUGUGCUGUUGCAUCAGAUUAACUGAAAAUUAAUGUAAUUUUGUUGCAAACUGGUUAUAAUUUAUGAGGCAAAUGAAAAGCUUGAAAGAUGAAAUUCUUACUUUUUCAGAUGUACAUUUGUAAACGUUCACUAAUAUGCAUUUAUGUUUGAAUGUGUAAGUAGCUCAGAAACAGUAAUAAGGAAAAUCAUCAUGUCAUUAAUUUCUUUUUCAACUUAGAAAAAAAAAAGAAACAAAAAAAGAAAGGCUGAAUGUUGGACACACACAAAACCCCCUAUAUUCCCUGAGAUUUCCCUUCUCUGCAGGGUUGUGGUCGUCUUUGGGGUAUUGCAGGAGGUUGCAGUAGAUCUCUGAGCCUCUAUCCAAAGAAAGUCGGCCUCUCUUCUCAGUUGGGGGUUAAAUGCCUUGCUAACGGGCAGCCAAGUCAAGGGCACCUCUGUUGUAGUUUUGUAUUGAAGGGGAUCAUUGCUCAUUCCCCUCCUGCAUCGAACUUGACCAGCUUGGAGGUUGACUGUGGCAACUUUCUUUUUUACUUCUAGCACUCCCUCAUUAUUUCUUCUCAUCCUGGUCUGGCAGGCUGGCUGGUAGGGAGGAUCGACAUGCUCAGCAGAGCUCACAGUGUGCAUGCAUGAGGAUUUUCUUGGUGGUAUGGAUUGACACUGCUUCCCUUCUGAGUAGAAAUCCAAUGCCCCGGAUAUUAAACAUGAUUAUUUCUUAAUGCUGUGUUCUCAAAGUGAAAAUAUUCCAGAGGAGGUUAGCGAGAGGGGGAAAGAUCAUGUCUCUCAUCUGUGUGCAGAUAAAGCCUCAAGUUGUUGCAACAGAAAUUAAUAAAUGGAGCAAGCGUGAACCAAAAAGCAUCCAUAAUUUAAAAGUCGUCGCGAACGUGGGAGUACAAUCUCAAAUUUACAGUCGGAUGUGUGUGGGAGGGGAAUACAGUGGUGCUGCUUUUUUAAAGGGAGAAUGGCUGAGGAGGAGAGGAAGGAGCAGAGGGGAGAGAGUGCAAGAGAAAAUAGAAAGAGGUGAGAGUGUUUCUGUGAACCUUUUUUGGGGGGAGGAGGGCAAAUGGGUUGCAGCAUUUUACAAAAGAUCAUCUAACAAUGUUAGAAGGCAGUGAAACCAAUGUAGGAGACAGAUACACCCAGAAAACGGGGGAAUCUGAAUGAUAUGUUAAGCCCAUUGUAAACUCCAUAGAUUGAUUUAUGAUAAAAUACUUCCUUUGUUUAAAAAAUCCCAUCAAGGUUGUCAAAUGGUUGUGUUUUAAAUGUUUUAAUCACUGUAUUUUGACAGUAAAGCAAAGUUAAUCAUUUUUUAACUGCACUUCAAAUUACCUUAUAUUUUGUAUUUCCAAAUGACCUUUCAGUCCACAUUAACAAUGUAAAUGAGUGUCUGACCCCCAAUUUCCACCACAUCCACAACAGCUACGAAAAGGCUGUAUCUGCAGAUCGUAGCUGAUCAUAACCAUUAAAGCUACUGCGUCAAUUUCCACUGGCUUCUUUCUGUUCCGCUGUGGAUCACUGGACUCCGCAGCUGAUCACAAGAGUUCUAUUUUUUCAAUAUGCCGGAGCAUGCUGGAUAAAUUCAGCACAGAUUAGUAGGUGCUGGAAAAGAAGUCGGAGACAGAAACAAAAUAAAACAUCCGGCUUCUUUUCAAAAUAAAACACUCCGUGUUUCAGGCGGAUCGUAUUUCACACCAUGCAAACGGGCGAGGACGAAGUAAAGGUUUUUAGACAGCAUUUCACCCCAUUGACACCAUGGAUGAGGAGAUGUUGAUCCUAAAAGUCUAGAAAGUGGUUCCCUCCUCUGGAAGGACACAAUCGACUGCUUAUGUGAUUAUGUGGCUAUAGAGAAAUGUCGUUAUCGGGCGAUUCGCGAUUGUGAAUCCGCGGGUUCGCGAUUCCCACUGUCCGUUAUCCGUUACGACAUUCGCCUCACAAACAGAUCUAGUAGGAAUUUGCAGACAGGGAAAAUCGCCACCGUUCCAGAUUGGAGCCGUUCUGGAUGCGGUGAAAAUCCUGGGUUAGAAGUGUCUUGAUAUGAGAAUCAAAUUAAUGCAAUGAAAUAUUCUUUACAGACUUGACUUAAAGAUUUUCAAAUAAAUGCAGCACCAGUGGGGUCUGAACCACUACUUAAAGGUAGGAGACAUCUUUAGAGUGCUUAUUCUGUAUGAUACAGACUGUAAGAGAAAAACACGCCAGUGUGAGGAUGUCCUUGGACUUGAGUCUUGAAGUCCUGCGGUCAGAUCUCGGCUAUUUAGCAAGUGCUGUAGUUAACUUCUCCAGUGUAGUUUCUUUCACGGCUCUUUGCCAGCUCUUUGUGACAUUGCUGCCUGCUAACAUCAGUCUGAUAGCUGCACCUGUAUGCUGAGUUUGUCGGUGGUAGAGUUCACAUAUUUCUUUUCAUUUGUCAGUGGGGAGUUUGGUAGUUUUUUUUUUUUAUUUAAGCGAAAUGUACCAUUAAAAAGGUAGUGGUGUAAUUAUUGUUCAUCGUGGUGGCAGCAGGAAGCAGGGAGAUGCUGCAGCUUAAUUAAAGUGUUAAAUAGGGACAAUACAGCAUUUAAUUUAAUUACCUUUAAUAAAAAAUAAAUUAUGUUUGGGCUUGAAUGGCACAGGGAUUACUACUUUGAAUCUGUCUUAGACUUAAUACUGAGAAUCAUUUAUUUUAGUUGUGUUUGAGACUAUGGCUGGCAGGAUUUUGAUUCACUCAUAACAACAACACUGCAAAGUACAGAGGCCAACAGGUCAAAGUUUUACUAAGUAAUAUCUUGUGAGAGUUUUUGUCCCAGUAAUGUGAAUAUCUUCCAUUGUGUUUGAAUGGGGGCCUCUAAUGGACAGGGUUGUCACUGCAACUGAAUAGCUUCCUGGUUUGAUCAUUGCACACAGGUGUGUCUGCAGUCACACUUUGUAAAGCCUUGAAUCAUACCUGUAGAUUUCUUAGAUCUCCAUCUUUUCUCCCUGCCAUUUUGUCCUGAGCAUGUAAGUUAUUUUCUUCAAUCUGUUUAAGUGAGAUAUUAGUUUAUCGAUUGAUGUAAUGAGAACCAUCAAUUUCUGAUAUUGCAUGUUUUAAUUUGUGACUCCAAGGCUGCUUCUUAAGAAACUCUCAAGUGUCAAAAUCUGAGAUCAUUAUUGUCAUGCAAUAUGCCAUGGGUCUGUAUGAUUCAAGGGCAUGUUCCUUAAUUUCUAGCUAUAUGGUGAUAAAUUAAGGCACGUUUUCCUACUUGUUAAUACACCACCACAAAAGAGGGGCCAUGUACUUUCACCGUUAACUUUUAAAACUUGUGUGCUGUGCUCAAGAGCAAAGUGGCCCAUUUUGAUUAGACUUGGAUUCCGACUCAGUACUGCGGAUGUGACUCAGACUAGAAGGGUCAGUAUAGAGAGCCAAAGCAUGUAUGAAUGUAAUCCCAUGAGUAAAUACAGGUUUCUUCAGAAGUAACUGAGCAUGAUUUUAUUUAUUAUAUUUGCAGAUAUGUGAAUGACAAUGAACCUUAUUCACUGGUUAGGGGAAACGAGCAAACUAUCUGACCAAAGCUUGUUCACAAACCAUGAGUUUUCCUAAAUAUUUGGACGGAACUGACCAAACUUGCAUUUUUAUGAUUUUAAUAGAUUUUUGUUACUGUGAAAAGCUGAUUUUUCGCAGUGUAGAAAUAAAGAGCAGGAAAGAAAAACAACAAACAUCAGGAGACUUGCUCUCAGUUUUGAUUCAGAUUACUUUUUGUCUUUAUAUUAUCUUUUAUUACACAAAAUAAGGUUUAAAAAAUCCAUCACAUGUAGCAGCAUAUGUGUAUUUGAAUUCUUUAUGAUGUGACUACAACAUAAAAGUGUUGUGCAAUGACUGACAGUUUUACGUUCCCACUUGAAACCACUCGACGAAGUGGCUCCUUUGUAAUCAAGCCUUAUCGCAGUAAUGAUUAUUUUGUACUUAUGUCUCUAAUGAGGGACCAUUAAAAACAAAGUCAUCUUGUUGGAUCCCUGUUAAUAGUAGGGGACUGCUGAAUAUGAAUGAGCAUUUUAUUCUGUGGAUGUACAGAGACGACUGUUUGGGUUAAUUAGAGGGAAGCUGGUUUCCUGUGGCACCUGUGGAGCCCUGGUCUCUGCCUGCUGGGAAAUAAUGAACAGUGCGGCUCUGUAAGCGGUGUUGUCUACUCCGGCGGUAGGCUGCUCUUUUGCCCUGGUGCAAGAUGAGUAUUAAAGUCUGGGUGAUGUUCAGAAAGUUCAGCUCUAAUAUGCAGAGGCUCUGUAUCAUGAGUUCAACUGGGAGCAGCACAGGCUAGAUUAAUGCUUUUGUCUGUACCAAGUUCAAUUUCCAUCUCCACGUAGACAUAACUGGGGUCAAAGAGGGGCUGGAGCUGCCUCAAGUGCAGCAAGAGACAUCUCCUCAUGUCAUCAGUCAAUCGCUGAGUGUUUACAAUUUCAAACUGAGUCAGGAUUUUGUUGAUGAGCUCUCUAGUCACAGAUAGAUUACGUCUUUUAAAAACUGAUUAAACAUUCACAAACUGAAAGAACCUGCACUCAACCAAGGAGCAGCAAAGUCUGGUCUCUGGAUUUUCUGCAAUUUCUGCUCAGUUUGUCAUUUUUUUAUCAUGUUUUUUUGGGCUGCUGAUGGAUAUCUCUGAAGAAUUUAUUCAAGAGAAGAGUUUAUUUAAUUGAGACAAAGCAAUCUGAGCAACAGCAUCCAAUUCCAGUGGAUAUCUGGGGGCGUUAUUGUGGUUGCCAUGGUGGUGUGGAGGUGAAGGCAAAGUUGAAGACUAGGAAAUGGAGAUAUAAACCCUUUAUUCCAUCAGUCAUCACAGGAAACAUCAACUUUCUGCCCAACAAAAGUGAUGAGGUGGAGAUAUUGGUGAAGUCUGAGAAAGCAGACCAUGAAUACAGUCUCUUGUGUUCUUGUCAAAACAACUCAGACUCCAGUGCAGAUCUAUCUGGCUCUCAGAAGAUCAGACAGAAAAGCUAAAACUAAUGGCAAGAAGAAAAGAGGGGGUCUGGCUUUAUUUGUUGACCAGAGAUGGUGUAACUCUUCACACAUAACUGUCAAGAAGUUGUGUUGUCAUAUUGAACUACUGGCAGUUGCUCUUUGGCCAAAAUCGGAGGUGGAAACAAGAUGGCUACAUCUAUGAAGGUUACUUUAGCGUUUGUUAUUUUAAGUUAUUUUAGCAUCCCCUUUCAUAGAUGUAGCCAUCUUGUUUCCGCCUCCAAUUUUGCUUUUUCCAACUUGGUAACUGAAAUGCUGGUAACUCGGGUGUAACGUCAUUUCCAGCUUGGACAUCUGACUUCCGAGGUAACUCGAAUGCAGCAUAUGUUCCAGGAGAAUUUAGUCAUAUCACAACAAUACUUGUUAGGUAAACAACAUUUCCCUCAUCCCUUGUGUCACUCAUCCUGAUGAGAUUCACUUGCUCAUAUUAUGCUCAAACCAACUGUUUAUCCCUCUCCUUCUGCCAGUACAAGAGUCACCUUUUCACCUCCUUUCUUGGACUGAAGUUAAAGUGUGGCUGUGUUUACUUUCAUUCUUUUAAAGUCAGUGGAGAAGUGUUUUCCUGUUGCUUUUGUUGCACAAAUUUGCUUGUCUCUUGUUUGUAUUUAAUUUGUUUUGGUAUUUGACAUAAUAGGUCAACCAGAAGAAGAUCCAACUCACUGGAGGGGGGGCACUUGUGAUAAUAGAUUGAUUCCCUAAAGCUGUAGCUUCCUGACAUUAUUACCUGACACUGUUUUUUUUUUUUUUCACUACUGAAGUUAGGGGAUGUGGUUAAAGCUAAAACUGUAAAGCUGUUUGUUAGGGUGCUGGAUGUGUCAAUGAAAACUUUUCAUCCAUUGUCAAACCAAAAAGGAAAAGUAGUAGGUGGGUUUAAAUGACCUCUUCUAAUCAGGUUUGAAAUGGUCCACUCAUAAUGUAGCAAGUCAACCAUAACAUAAAUGACUAAUAAGUAAGCUUUGACCAAAACAGACCUACCAGUCCAGUUUGAAUAAAAAAUGGCUGGUAGAUUCCUUUGUUUUCUUUUCUUAAACAAUUUUUGCAUUGGUUUUAGUUUACCAAAAGGCUAGAUCAGAAACAGUGUACAAUCAUGAGACAACAAAAAUAUCCUGUUGGUCCCUUACUCACCACCCUCUGACUCAACCCAAUCAGGUCUGAAUUUUGAUGCAUUUAUAUGGCUGACCCAAAGGAAAAAAAUAAAGGAAAAUGGAAGAGAAUAAAAGUAAAAUAUAACUAAAUAAGAUGCUGUUAAGGUAGUAAGUGGAACAAUACAAGGCAUCAAAAACAGCCUAUAAAUGAUAUUGACCCUAUUGUUUGCUGAUUAAACAACCAUACAUGCACUCAUCUGUACUUUGAGCGAACUUGUUUCCUUUUUCUCAUGGCUUGAGAUUGCACAAGAACACUUAAAGAAAAACUUUAACAUUGCAAAACUGGUCAGAAAGUGAAAUGAGGGUCAUUUCAGACACUUGUCUGCAUUGAAAAUGAGACACCUUGAAUGCUACCAAGCGACACCAUAGACACUCAGCCCUCUUUUUUAUUGUGUUUAUUGCCUCACACUUCUAUAAUGUCACGCUGGUCUACAGCGAGUUUCUCUGCGAUGAUGUCACAACCCUAAGGGGUACAAACGGCGCCAUGCUUGUAAAGACCAAAGUAGAUCAUAUCACAUGUGAACAGGAGACACAGAAUCACCAAUCGGAAAGAUUUCAGUCAGAAUAGCAAAAGGUGGUCAUGCAAACCCACAUACUGAUCAUUUCUCAAAGUGAUGCCUGGCAGAGCCCAGUAAAUUUUCAAUUCAACAAGCUUUAUUGGCACGAAUGCUUUCAUAUAUCAAAUCAACCAGAGUCUGGCACAUCUCACUGCUGCCUGUCAACAACAUGGCUUCAUAUCAGGUCUCGCUCACCCUGCUGGGAUUCUGAUUAGGAUAUCCACCUGCCCACAGCUAACAUGGUAACCAAACUACCACAUUUCAAAUCUCGAGCCACUGAUCAAGCUGCUGUACUGAACAGAUAGGUAGUGAGAGUGCUGUACGACCACACUUUCAUUCUCAUACCUGUAGAGCACUGAGGUGGUUUACUUUGCACAGUCCCUGAGGCAACAUGCAAACUCUGUAAACAAAAUAAAAAGUUCGCAGAGCUCAAACAUUUGUUUGUAGACUAAGGAAGCAGUGCUCUCUCAUGUAAAGAUGCUUUGUCUCUGCUCUCAGAUCUCCAUUAGGUCACAGCUCCUCCCUAGAAACAUAUUGUGUAACCCUCCACCUGCCCUACAUUGCUGGUGGAAAUGGUCUGAGUAGUGGGUGACUGCUGCUCAGCUGCACUGUGCAGAAUGAAAAGCUGGAAAGAUAUGCAUCAAGUGCUGAAUAAAGCAAUCCAGCCCAGUGGAAUGUGAAACAAUGGCUCCUUCCAGGUGGUGAUGUGCUGUGAGAGGAGUAGGGGGGAAUUGGAUGAGACAGAAAGCUCGUCUGGCUGGCUGGCUGUUAGCAUUGGACUUGGCAGCUCUCUGCCAGGGAAACGCUGACAGGCAGGCACGCCUGUCACAGCACAUAAGUGCCUCCUUGCACAACCCUGAGCCCUGUAGGGCAGGUCAGCUCUCUUGCGUUCAGCUCACAGCCCUCGGUCUCACACUGAAGCCACAGGUCGGAGAGCGAAGCGGGGGCGUGUGUCAGAGCCUUUAUGUGGUUGAGAGAGUCUGUGAGAUUGGAGAGGAGCCACGGGUGACAUUGUGGAAAGGUGUUGUGGUCAUUAGUUGACCUUAACUCCACUUAAUUAAAAGAGGAAAGUUUUGUAAUUUAAAUACACUUGAGGUAUAUCUGUUUGCAAAGAUUUAUUAAUAAUAACAUCUGAUCACUGGAAACGACUCAUGCACACAGUUUCUGCAGCUCUUUUUCAUGCAUGCCUCCCAAAUCGAUGAUUAUCUUGACAUGUGACAGUUUCUAAACAGAUCGAAAAACGAUUCAUUAAGCCUCAUAUCAACUUCAAACUGUGUCCUGCAAACUAGUCCAUGUUUUAUUUAUAUCAUUACUUUUUGACAGAUAACUCUGUUGUUACUCAAAAUUUACUGACAAAACUUGUGAUUAUUUUUACAGGAUAGGAAAAUUGGACAGAAAACAUCCACAGGAAAAAUCGAAGCCUCAUAGCUGCAAUAAAAGUCAUGCAAUAUGAAUUAUUUAAAAAAGUUCCCUUUUUCUCCUUUAAACCCCAAAAGACAUAAUUAUAGUAGCUGCCAUCUACAUAAAGUGACUCAGGGUUUCUGCCUGAGAGAGAACCUCCUGCAUGAUAAAAAUCCCAAAAUGUUACUUUACUCCCAUAGAGGCAGACAAGUGUGGUUAAUAAUAUCUAUUUCUACUCUAACGUAAGAGUGACGAAUAACAUGUGCUAAAAUAAGUCUGUAUGAUGUGUGCAUCCAGAUGGAUGCAUCCAGAUGCACACAGAUACUGUGUGUGUGUGUGUGUGUGUGUGUGUGUGUGGUAGUGUUGUGUAGAUUACCUCGCACUGACCUUUGCAGUUGAAGCUGAUGUUUGCAUAGCCAGGCCCUGCUGUUUUGACUAGCUCAGAUUAAGCAGCAGCUCUCUCUCUCUCUCUCUCUCUCUCUCUCUCUCUCUCUCUCUCUCUCUCUCUCACUAUCACUCGUCUUGUUUUCCUCGUGAAGAUAACGGGAGACUUUUUAAAAUUCACUUCAUGACAUUUGGAAGAAGAACUCCUGCAGCAAACGAACAGGGUGAAUAGUUUUGUUAACAUAUGUUAUUUCUUGGUUAAGUGAAGACAAAUCAUUUAAUAAGUGCCUUCUGAAGGCAAGACAACAAGGCAAAUAUUUAGACAUUUGAGAACCUAUUUUAAAAAUGUAAAGAUUUCACCACUAAGACUCAGAAUUAAGCAUGUGUUUUUAUCUUAAAAAAGACUAAAAAAUCUUAUUACACCAAUUAAAACCACAUUCAACUGGCCAGUCAAGAUAAACAUAUCACUUUUGAGACAGGUGACAAACACAUAAAAAUCUGCUGACAAAGUAAGCAAAAUGUACAUGUUUCUUGUUUCCUGUCAAUAAGCAUCUUUUAUGAACCUUUCUUGAGAUGAAAUUUGUUCCCAAAACACAUGGCAGAUUUAAGAGCUCAUUUGAGGACUGGUGUAUCAGUCCCAAAUUUUUUGGCUAUCACGUCACACAUUACACGUCAACGCAUCCCUGCAGUACAAGUACUGCGAAAUGACAAAUUUAUAUUACCAAAAAAUGUACGGUUUCAUCAUGAACAAUACGAAAUGGCGCACCCCCUAGUGGUCACCGUUCACAUUUUCUGUUCAGACUCUCCUUCGUUUAAUUUUUCUGCUUUUAUGUGAUUUGUCUGGUUUGUGUACAUUGGCACAUUGGUACCUCUGCUCUUUAAAUGUGCUAUAAACUCUAUAUACACUCAGCCUGUUAGAGUUUUCCUUCCAACAGUGCUAUCUUAUUUUACAAAACCCCUGAUGAAUAUUUUUUAAAGGGUAUAGGCCCUUCAUAUAUAGAAUUUGUACACUUCUCCUGACUGGGAACAUUGAGCAUGAGCUUCAGAUUAAUAAUGACAUCUCAUUCAUUAGAGUUAGAGAAAACAGGUGUAAGCAGCUCUACAGUUUAGGAUUAGCUUCACAAACUCUCUCUCACUUUCUAUUUUAAAUCCAAAGAAGAUGUUUGUACAGUACAUAGCUCUAAUUUAAGGAAAAUCAAUUCGUACAUCUCUCUAUCCUAUUAGUACUGUUUUUUUUUUUGUUUUUUGUUUUUUUUACUCAUAGCAGGUUUUAUUUUUGGCUUCAAAUAUCUUUCCUUUUGCAGUGUUAAAAGAGAUGAGUCAGAAAAUGAUGAUUUUCCCAUGCUUUAUGAGGUUUCUCAGCAACUCCAAACAAAUGCCCUUAAUCCGUCUCUUUGUUCUUGCAGAGUUUCAUUGCAGCAUAUUGAUCCAACUUGACGUGUAUAGGAAAUCAAAGUCACCUGAGUGGGAACUCUUCUUAUUUCCUGCUAUAAAUUCAUCUUCAUAAGUCUCAUAUUGCUUUGAUUUUCAUGAUCCUGGGAGAUUAUUAUGUAUAUUGAUUCUGGUUUGGAUUCUGACCUGGUGAAGAAAGACGAAGAGCACCCGCUCUGUCUCAUGGCCCUCAGUCACACCUGCAUAUCUCACAUUUUCUAACAAGCUGUCCGACUAAAUGCUAAAUGCUUUUCAGCCGCAGAAAUUACAGGGUGAAUUGAAAGUGACUGUAUGGAGUUAAAAGGAGAGAGCAGAUGGAAGAGGGAAGAUGAAAAGAGACUCAAAAGAAGAUGAAUCGAGAUUAUCCUUGUGAGAUGAUACACUUAUAACAGACACGGGUUGUAUUUAUGGCUGGAUUGCUUUUUCAGGGGAAUGAGAAAAGUGCCAUUUCAGUAUAAUGCAGACAUUCAUUCUGCUUUAUAUGCCUGAAAUCUCAAACCCCUUUCUCUUUUUCUCUUUGUUCUUUCCCACAGAUGUGCUGUGGACUGCCGAUGAUUCCUCCUCCUCCUCCAGGUCAAACUCAAUGGCAGACAAAGACUGCACUCCCCAAUGCUCCACUUUCCCCUGAGCUCACAGAGACAGAUCUUCUCCACGGCUAAAAGACACACUUCUUCUCAUCCCUCUGUCUCUUGGUGGACAUCCACUCUUCGCCAUGACUCGCCUCCUGGCUUCUGCCUUUCUUCUGGUCCUCCAGACGUACGCCGCCCCGCCUGAGGUUAUCCAGUCGGAAUUUGACAUAACCAUUGACCCACUAGACCCUGAUUCUGCCCUACCAGCCAAUUUCUCUGGAGUGUUGCCUUCAUCUCCACCCCCCGGGACUAGCAAAAGAGCCCCACACAGUAUCAUCAUCGGGGUGCGCAAGGGGGGCACGAGGGCACUGCUGGAGAUGCUGGACAUCCACCCUGAGGUUGCUGCUGCUGCCACCGAGGUGCACUUCUUUGACUGGGACGAGAACUAUGCCAAAGGGUUUGAGUGGUACCGUGAGCUGAUGCCCUACUCUUACCCACACCAGAUCACAGUGGAAAAAACUCCAGGUUAUUUCACAUCAGCUCUGGCACCUGAGCGCAUCUGCGCCAUGAACUCGUCCAUAAAGCUGCUGCUGAUCCUGAGAGACCCGGCAGAGCGUGUCAUAUCCGACUACACCCAGGUGUACUUCAACCGCCUUGAGAACCACAAGCCCGUGCAAGCCAUCGAGAACCUGCUGGUGCGCAACGGAGCCCUAAACACCAGGUACAAGGCCAUCCAGAGAAGUCUGUAUGAUAUCCACAUGCGGAACUGGCUGCGUCACUUCCCCCUGGAGCAGAUACACAUUGUAGACGGGGACGCUCUGAUCCGUGACCCCUUGCCUGAGCUCCAGAAGGUGGAACGUUUCCUCAACUUGCCCCCGAGGAUAGUAUCCUCCAACUUCUACUUCAAUCAGACCAAGGGGUUUUACUGCAUCCGCAGUGAUGGUCGAGAGCGGUGUCUGCACGAGUCUAAGGGGCGCCCCCACCCGGCUGUCAACAGCACCGUCCUCCAGCAGCUCCGCUCCUACCUUCAGGAGCACAACCGAACCUUCUUCAGGCUGGUGAAGCGCACCUUUGACUGGCAAUAA